AUGGAAGCUGAGCCUCCUGCUGCCACCAUCAAACAGGCUGACAGGGGCUACUGCAGUUACAAAGUCAUGAGGCAAUGGCCUUGCGUAAAGAAAAUGAUUAUAGCUGCUAUGGCCAAAAAGAAAGCAAGUGUAUCAUGUCUCAAUUGUGAUGAAAAAAAAAAAAAAGGAUGCCUGUAGUCAAAUCUGUUUAUCAAAACAGCAACCAAUUCUAUGAGGCUAGUAGAGAACACAUGUGGCUUGUAAGACUGUUGGAACUAAAUAUAUCCCACUUAUUUUUUGACUCAGGCCUAGAUGUGAUUAUGAUGGCCAGUGCCAGUCAGUGUUCAUCAUAGAACCAUGUCUCAUCUCGCUCUCUGCUCUACUCUCUUUCAGCCGUGUGGUGUUACCCUGUACUGUGGAGGAGGUGAGUACGUCACCAUGGUUUCACUCUCAGUAGGCCUAUUCAGCAUUCAGUCAAGCAUCCUAUGGAAUUAACCUUCUGUUCAGAUCUGUCUUGGCUUUCCUUAUCUGGUUUGGUAACAGUUGUGUGGAUUGAUCCGUUUAUGAGUGGUGGCAUAACACACACCAGGGUUUCCCUUAGGAAAAUGUGGUGCCGGACGUUUGACCUGCAGCAUUUAAAUUUACCGGACCCAUAUGCGUUGGGUGCGUAACUUGAUUAGGGCUUCCACCCAUGGUGCUCAUAACGACAGAAAUCACAAUUUAGAUUAUGGGUAAUUCAUCUUAACAGAACAUGCAACUCAAGGAUUUAACGACAUCCGUCCUUCUUUCCGAAUUCCGAUGCGCACAUUGAAGACGUUAGAAUAACUGUCCACAUGUACUUUUCCUCAACCAUCAAAUCAAAGUUUACUGGUCGCGUACACAGAUUUGCAGGUGCAGUAAAAUGCUUGUUGUAUCUAGCUCCAACAUUGCAGUAAUACCUAGCAAUAAAACAUUUUAAAAAACAAUACACACACAAUCCAGGGAAAAAAUUAAAAAAUAUCAGAACGAGCAAUGUCAGAGACCGAAAUAUAACUUGUUUUCAAAAGAAAAAUUAUUUUUUUUGUCCAUUAGAAUUACAUUAAAUUGAUCAGAAAUACAGUGUAGACAUUCUUCAUGUUGUAAAUGGCUAUUGUAGCUGGAAACGGCUGAUUAUUUUAUGGAAUAUCUACAUAGACGUACAGAGGCCCAUUAUCAGCAACAAUCAGUCCUGUGUUCCAAUGGCACGUUGUGUUUGCUAAUCCAAGUUUAUCAUCUUAAAAGGCUAAUUGAUCAUUAGAAAACCCUUUUGCAAUUAUAUUAGUACAGCUGAAAACUGUUGUGCUGAUUAAAGAAGCAAUAAAACUGGCCUUCUUCAGACUAGUUGAGUAUCUGGAGCAUCAGCAAUUGUGGGUUCAAUUACAGGCUCAAAAUGGCCAGAAACAAAUAACUUUCUUCUGAAACUCAUCAGUCUAUUCUUGUUCUGAGAAAUGAAGGCUAUUCCAUGCGAGAAAUUGCCAAGAAACUGAAGAUCUCGUAGAACGCUGUGUUACUACUCCCUUCACAGAACAGCGCAAACUGGCUCUAACCAGAAUAGAAAGAGGAGUGGGAGGCCCCGGUGUACAACUGAGCAAGAGGACAAAUAUAUUAGUGUGUAGUUUGAGAAACAGAUGCCUCACAGGUCCUCAACUGGCAGCUUCAUUAAAUAGUACCCGCAAAACACCAGUCUCAACAUCAACAGUGAAGAGGUGACUCCAGGAUACUGACCUUCUAGGCAGAGUUGCAAAGAAAAAGCCAUAUCUCAGACUAGCCAAUAAAAAUAAAAGAUUAAGAUGGGCAAAAAAACACAGACACUGGACAGAGGAAGAUUGGAAAUAAGUGUUAUGGACAGACAAAUUGAAGUUUGAGGUGUUCAGAUCACAAAGAAGAACAUUUGUGAGAUGCAGACCAAAUGAAAAGAUGCUGGAGGACUGCUUGAUGCCAUCUGUCAAGCAUGGUGGAGGCAAUGUGAUGGUCUGGGGGUGCUUUGGUGGUGGUAAAGUGGGAGAUUUGUACAGGGUAAAAGGGAUCUUGAAGAAGGAAGGCUAUCACUCCAUUUUGCAACGCCAUGCCAUACCCUGUGGACGGCGCUUGAUUGAAGCCAAUUUCCUCCUAAAACAGGACAAUGACCCAAAGCACAGCUCCAAACUAUGCAAGAACUAUUUAGGGAAGAAGCAGUCAGCUGGUAUUCUGUCUAUAAUGGAGUGGCCAGCACAGUCACCGGAUCUCAACCCUAUUGAGCUGUUGUGGGAGCAGCUUGACCGUAUGAAGAAGUGCCCAUCAAGCCAAUCCAACUUGUGGGAGGUGCAUCAGGAAGCAUGGGAUGAAAUCUCUUCAGAUUACCUCAACAAAUUGACAACUAGAAUGCCAAAGGUCUGCAAGGCUGUAAUUGCUGCAAAUGGAGCAUUCUUUGACGAAAGCCAAGUUUGAAGGACACAAUUAUUAUUUUUAUUAAAAAUCUAACCUUCUAAAAUGUCUAACCUUGGCAAUGACUACAUUUCCUAUGCCUUUUGCUAUAUUUGCUAUUCAAACUCAUUUCAUGUAUGUUUUCAUGGAAAACAAGGACAUUUCUAAGUGACCCCAAACUUUUGAACGGUAGUGUAUAUAUACAGUUGAAGUCAUAAGUUUACAUACACUUAGGUUGAAGUCAUUAAAACUUGUUUUUCAACCACGCCAUACAUUUCUUGUUAAAAAAACUAUAGUUUUGGCAAGUCGGUUAGGACAUCUACUUUGUGCAUGACACAAGUAAUUUUUCCAACAGUUGUUUACAGACAGAUUAUUUCACUUAUAAUUCACUGUAUCACAAUUCUAGUGGGUCAGAAGUUUACAUACACUAAGUUGACUGUGCCUUUAAACAGCUUGGAAAUUUUCAAAAAAUGAUGUCAUGGCUUUAGAAGCUUCUGAUAGGCUAAUUGACAUCAUUUGAGUCAAUUGGAGGUGUACCUGUGGAUGUAUUUCAAGGCCUACCUUCAAACUCAGUGCCUCUUUGCUUGACUUCAUGGGAAAAUCAAAAGAAAUCAGCCAAGACCUCAGAAAAGAAAUUGUAGACCACAAGUUUGGUUCAUCCUUGGGAGCAAUUUUCAAACGCCUAAAGGUACCACGUUCAUCUGUACAAACAAUAGUACGCAAGUAUAAACACCAUGGGACCACGCAGCCGUCAUACCGCUCAGGAAGGAGACGCGUUCUGUCUCCUAGAGAUGAACGUACUUUGGUGCAAAAAGUGCAAAUCAAUCCCAGAACAACAACAAAGGACCUUGUGAAGAUGCUAGAGGAAACCGGUACAAAAGUAUCUAUAUCCACAGUAAAACGAGUCCUAUAUCGACAUAAACUGAAAGGCCGCUCAGCAAGGAAGAAGCCUCUGCUCCAAAACCGCCAUAAAAAAUCCAGACUACGGUUUGCAACUGGACAUGGGGACAAAGAUGGUACUUUUUGGAGAAAUGUCCUCUGGUCUGAUGAAACAAAAAUAGAACUGUUUGGCCAUAAUGACCAUCGUUAUGUUUGGAGGAAAAGGUGGGUGGCUUGCAAGCUGAAGAACAAAGACAAGGUAUUGGAGUGGCCUUCACAAAGCCCUGACCUCAAUUCUAUAGAAAAUGUGUGGGCAGAACUAAAAAAGCGUCUGCGAGCAAGGAGGCCUACAAACCUGACUCAGUUACACCAGCUCUGUCAGGAGGGAUGGGCCAAAAUUCACCCAACUUAUUGUGGGAAGCUUGUGGAAAGCUACCCAUAACGUUUGACCCAAGUUAAACAAUUUAAAGGCAAUGCUAGCAAAUACUAAUUGAGUGUAUGUAAAUUUCUGACCCACUGGGAAUGUGAUUAAAUAAAUAAAAGCUUAAAUAAAUCAUUCUCUCUACUUUUAUUCUGACAUUUCACAUUCUUAAAAUAAAGUGGUGAUCCUAACUGACCUAAGACAGGGAAUAUUUACUAGGAUUAAAUGUCAGGAAUUGUGAAAAACUGAGUUUAAAUGUAUUUGGCGAAGGUGUAUGUAAACUUCCGACUUCAACUACAGUGGGGGAAAAAAGUAUUUAGUCAGCCACCAAUUGUGCAAGUUCUCCCACUUAAAAAGAUGAGAGAGGCCUGUAAGAAUUUUUUUUCCAGAAAAUCACAUUGUAGGAUUUUUAAUGAAUUUAUUUGCAAAUUAUGGUGGAAAAUAAGUAUUUGGUCAUCGACAAACAAGCAAGAUUUCUGGCUCUCACAGACCUGUAACUUCUUCUUUAAGAGGCUCCUCUGUCCUCCACUCGUUACCUGUAUUAAUGGCACCUGUUUGAACUUGUUAUCAGUAUAAAAGACACCUGUCCACAACCUCAAACAGUCACACUCCAAACUCCGCUAUGGCCAAGACCAAAGAGCUGUCAAAGGACACCAGAAACAAAAUUGUAGACCUGCACCAGGCUGGGAAGACUGAAUCUGCAAUAGGUAAGCAGCUUGGUUUGAAGAAAUCAACUGUGGGAGCAAUUAUUAGGAAAUGGAAGACAUACAAGACCACUGAUAAUCUCCCUCGAUCUGGGGCUCCACGCAAGAUCUCACCCCGUGGGGUCAAAAUGAUCACAAGAACGGUAAGCAAAAAUCCCAGAACCACACGGGGGGACCUAGUGAAUGACCCUACCAUCAGUAACACACUACGCCGCCAGGGACUCAAAUCCUGCAGUGCCAGACGUGUCCCCCUGCUUAAGCCAGUACAUGUCCAGGCCCAUCUGAAGUUUGCUAGAGUGCAUUUGGAUGAUCCAGAAGAGGAUUGGGAGAAUGUCAUAUGGUCAGAUGAAACCAAAAUAGAACUUUUUGGUAAAAACUCAACUCGUCGUGUUUGGAGGACAAAGAAUGCUGAGUUGCAUCCAAAGAACACCAUACCUAAUGUGAAGCAUGGGGGUGGAAACAUCAUGCUUUGGGGCUGUUUUUCUGCAAAGGGACCAGGACGACUGAUCCGUCUAAAGGAAAGAAUGAAUGGGGCCAUGUAUCGUGAGAUUUUGAGUGAAAACCUCCUUCCAUCAGCAAGGGCAUUGAAGAUGAAACAUGGCUGGGUCUUUCAGCAUGACAAUGAUCCCAAACACACCGCCCGGGCAACGAAGGAGUGGCUUCGUAAGAAGCAUUUCAAGGUCCUGGAGUGGCCUAGCCAGUCUCCAGAUCUCAACCCCAUAGAAAAUCUUUGGAGGGAGUUGAAAGUCCGUGUUGCCCAGCGACAGCCCCAAAACAUCAUUGCUCUAGAGGAGAUCUGCAUGGAGGAAUGGGCCAAAAUACCAGCAACAGUGUGUGAAAACCUUGUGAAGACUUACAGAAAACGUUUGACCUGUGUCAUUGCCAACAAAGGGUAUAUAACAAAUUAUUGAGAAACUUUUGUUAUUGACCAAAUACUUAUUUUCCCACAAUGUGAUUUUCAGGAUUUUUUUUCUCAUUUUGUCUGUCAUAGUUGACGUGUACCUAUGAUGAAAAUUACAGGCCUCUCUCAUCUUUUUAAGUGGGAGAACUUGCACUAUUGGUGGCUGACUAAAUACUUUUUUUCCCCACUGUAUAUAUGUUUACAUACUGUUUUAAUGGUGUGUAAAGUCAGUAUUGACAGGUGUGUAUAGCAGUAGUUGGGCUAUAUAGGAUGAGCCAUGACUAGAAUACAGUAUAUACGUAUAAAGUAUGUAAAACAGUAUCUAAAAAUUAUUCAAGUGACCUGUAUUCAACGACUAUGUACAUAGAGCAUCAGUCGCUAAGGUGCACGGUAGAGUACCGGGUGGGAGCCGACUAGAACAGUGACUAAGGGUAGUGGUGACUGUUUAACAGUCUGAUGGCCUGGAGAUAGAAGCUGUUUCUCAGUCCCAGCUUUGAUGCACCUGUACCGCCUUUUAGAUGGUAGUGGAGUGGACAGGCCGUGGCUCGGGUGGCUGUUGCGCCUUCUUCACCACGCUGUCUGUAUGAAGGGACCAUUUCAGAUUGUCAGUGAUGUGCAUGCCGCGCACCUCCUCCAGGAUUGCCACACAGAAGAAAUGUUGUGCACCGCAGACGCAAGAGAUAUAACUUCACUGAGUUCGCCCCAUUAGUUUGCACUAUAUAGAUCGACGUUUUCUGUGAUUGAAUCAACAUGAUAUCAGCCAAACUUUGCAAGAUUGAGUCUAUGAUUUUGUUAUAGGCAAAGCCAGAGCACAACGGAGUAUAAUUAUAUUGGCGGAGGUAGCCCACAAGCGGUCUUUCAAUCAUCCGCGAGUGAAUGCGGCUCUGCACUGAAAAACGCGUGUGUGCACAUUUGUUGCUAUUCUUUGCUAGUUAGCGAGUUAUUAGCCCAGUUAUAGAUAAGUAUAGGUCAGCAAUGGGGAGUUACUGCUUCCUACAAAAGCACAAAAUGUGUUGGCUACAUUUCAAAUUGUCUUUGAAAAGCCAGUCAGGUAAAAAGCUUAUGUGUUAAUUAAAGGGGCAGUGUUGUAUUUUAAGACAGGCUUGAAUAUGCAAAUAAGCCAAUAGGCAGAGGGGCCCAUGGUGUUACAGACCAAGUAAAAAAUCAUGAAUUAAUGUCGAGCCCUGUUUUUUAAAAAAUGUGCAUUGAACACCACAUAUAGGCUACUGUAGGCUAUAUCAUACCAGGUUUGCCCCCUGGUUGUAAUUUAUUUUGCUGAAGGAGCUCUAUUUUGGUGGCCUCUGGUACAUACUAAUGGCCUGAUUCCAUCUGAAAUAAACAGUGAAAUUAUUGAAUACUUUAUCAAGUUUACCUCCCAGAUUGGAAAAAUGUGUUGUGUUAUUGUGUAGAAAGACAUGACUUUACAGUUUUAAAUGACACACACACACAGACAGGAGCAUUCUCAUUGCCCCUUCAGAAAGUUGCAGGAAAUACAAGAUACUUAUGCAUUCUGUUCAUGUCUUAUGAUAAACUUGGGCAAAUUAAUUAAAAUUAAUUAAAUUAACGGUCAAUUACCAUAAGACCAGCAGUCUCUUGCAUGACAAUAACUGUCUGAUAAAAUGUCAUGACCGCCACAGCCUAUCUGCACCACACCACUCAUAGUGAUUUAGGGCUAAUCUCUAUAUCCAUCCAGCUAAUUACAAGCUACAGGCUAACCGAAAAGACCUUACCUCUUCUGAGAUGUUGGAGUCCGUUUCCCGGUGCUUGUAAAAACGCUGCACCGUUUUCCCACCUGCAUCUCCAUCUUGAAACUCCCCAUUGCCCCCACCAUCAAAAUUAGCCUCCAUUUAGGCUGUAGUUUAUAUGCAAAUGUAACACUAUGUUGAGGUUGAUUCCCAUGUAGCUCAGUUGGUAGAGCAUGGCACUUGCAACGCCAGGGUUGUGGGUUUGAUUCCCACGGUGGACCAGUACGAAAAAAGUAUGAAAAUGUAUGCACUCACUACUGUAAGUCGCUCUGGAUAAGAGUGUCUGCUAAAUGACUCAACUGUAAAAAUAAAUAAAUAAAGAAUUUAAAAAUCUUUAUAAACAUAAAAUGCUUGUAUGGAUGUCAACCCCAAUACAUGUUCAUGUCAUCAAUCAACUGCAUUACAGUUAAAACUACUUUUCACCACCGCCACCAAUUUCUGUAUGCUAGCUAUGCUACCAGCUUAUACGAAUGGGAGUUAACAUUUAGCAGUCACUUUUACAUGUUAUGCAGAGAAAACAGCCAGAUACAAGUGAGGGGGAAAAAAGUAUUUGAUCCCCUGCUGAUUUUGUACGUUUGCCCACUGACAAAGAAAUGAUCAGUCUAUAAUUUUUAUGGUAGGUUUAUUUGAACAGUGAGCGACAGAAUAACAACAAAAAAAUCCAGAGAAACGCAUGUCAAAAAAGUUAUAAAUUGAUUUGCAUUUUAAUGAGGGAAAUAAGUAUUUGACCCCCUCUCAAUCAGAAAGAUUUCUGGCUCCCAGGUGUCUUUUUAUUCAGGUAACGAGCUGAGAUUAGGAGCACACUCUUAAAGGGAGUGCUCCUAAUCUCAGUUUGUUACCUGUAUAAAAGACACCUGUCCACAGAAGCAAUCAAUCAAUCAGAUUCCAAACUCUCCACCAUGGCCAAGACCAAAGAGCUCUCCAAGGAUGUCAGGGACAAGAUUGUAGACCUACACAAGGCUGGAAUGGGCUACAAGACCAUCGCCAAGCAGCUUGGUGAGAAGGUGACAAGUUGGUGCGAUUAUUCGCAAAUGGAAGAAACACAAAAUAACUGUCAAUCUCCCUCGGCCUGGGGCUCCAUGCAAAUCUCACCUCGUGGAGUUGCAAUGAUCAUGAGAACGGUGAGGAAUCAGCCCAGAACUACACAGGAGGAUCUUGUCAAUGAUCUCAAGGCAUCUGGGACCGUAGUCAACAAGAAAACAAUUGGUAACAUACUACACCGUGAAGGACUGAAAUCCUGCAGCGCCCGCAACGUCCCCCUGCUCAAGAAAGCACAUAUACAGGGCCGUCUGAAGUUUGCCAAUGAACAUCUGAAUGAUUCAGAGGAGAACUGGGUGAAAUUGUUGUGGUCAGAUGAGACCAAAAUCGAGCUCUUUGGCAUCAACUCAACUCGCCGUGUUUGGAGGAGGAGGAAUGCUGCCUAUGACCCCAAGAACACCAUCCCCACCGUCAAACAUGGAGGUGGAAACAUUAUGCUUUGGGGGUGUUUUUCUGCUAAGGGGACAGGACAACUUCACCGCAUCAAAGGGACGAUGGACGGGGCCAUGUACCGUCAAAUCUUGGGUGAGAACCUCCUUCCCUCAGCCAGGGCAUUGAAAAUGGGGUGUGGAUGGGUAUUCCAGCAUGACAAUGACCCAAAACACACGGCCAAGGCAACAAAGGAGUGGCUCAAGAAGAAGCACAUUUUAAGGUCCUGGAGUGGCCUAGCUAGUCUCCAGACCUUAAUCCCAUAGAAAAUCUGUGGAGGGAGCUGAAUGUUCGAGUUGCCAAACGUCAGCCUCGAAACCUUAAUGACUUGGAGAAGAUCUGCAAAGAGGAGUGGAACAAAAUCCCUCCUGAGAUGUGUGCAAACCUGGUGGCCAACUACAAGAAACGUCUGACCUCUGAUUGCCAACAAGGGUUUUGCCACCAAGUACUAAGUCAUGUUUUGCAGAGGGGUCAAAUACUUAUUUCCCUCAUUUAAAAUGCAAAUCAAUUUAUAACAUUUUUGAUGUGUUUUUCUGGAUUUCUUUUUUUGUUAUUCUGUCUCUCACUGUUCAAAUAAACCUACCAUUAAAAUUAUAGACUGAUCAUGUCUUUGUCAGUGGGCAAACGUACAAAAUCAGCAGGGGAUCAAAUACUUUUUUCCCUCACUGUACACGCCGCCUGAGUCUGACUAGGGCCCAACCUCUACUGCAAAGUUGGCUAUGAGCUACAAACAGGGCGACUGUGUCUGUCGGCGCCAUCUUACAUCCAAGACUAGUAACGAACAGCAAAAUCACUAGGCUAUGUCAAUCUACUAUCCCCCAUAGUAAAAAAGUGUAUUAUUGGUCAACUUGUCGAGAGAAAUAGCCUAUUCCAAACAGACUCUGGGACAAUAUAUCCUACAUUUAUACAACCAGUAGGUCUAGGCCACAGAAAGAAAACGUUAAAAAGCAAUGAGGCUGAUGCAACCGAUCAGAAUGUUUUAGGUUAAAAUGUUGAUAAACUAUUAUUUCUUCACAUUAUAAGCGCAGCAAUGUGUACAAGGCAGUAGGCUACGCGCAAAUGUUUGUUCCAUAAUGCAAUUAGCGGGAAAAAACGUUGUCAAAAGCGCACCGCACAUGCAAGUGGUUUCAUUUGACAGAGAUUAAAAUAUAUGUUACAAAUGUAGAAAGAGGGUUGAUCUAAAGAUGCAACAACUAGCAUGGGUGCUAAUAGGACUAGGAUUAGGCCUUUGGCUACAGGACAAUGAAAGAAAGUUAAUUUGGAAACCAAUAGAACAUGAGAGAAAUAGGCUACUGGUUUCAAUGACAUAUGGAAGUCUUUAUAAAAUAAUUGCCUCAGUUUAUGAUCGGACUUUGGCUAGGCUACUUUGAAGCAAGGUAAGACAUGCCUCAUAUGUAGUAAAACGUUCAGGUUUCAAACAAUUAAGAAUAUGUUUUCAAAAUGCGUACUGCCUCCAGCUCAUUGCAAAGUGAUGUGUGAUGCGCUGAUGUAGCCUGCCUUCCGUUGCCUAUGCACUUGAAUGGAAUGGGAAGUGCGCUUCAAUUAUCAGUUGAGAAAUAAAAAGCGUAGCUCUUUUAAAUCAUGACCAUCUAAACUGUUUAUAACACGCGAUUUGCAUUUAGAAUUGUUGCACAAUGAUUGGGCUUAUAAAAGCACGUUUAACUCCAGCAGCAACGAAAGAGCAGUUUGAGGCGCUGUAGCAGCAGCUCUCACAUAUUUUCUGCUCAAAGGCUGUAUGCUGUAUGCUGUUACUCAUAUGAUAAAUAAGAUGCAUAAGGAAUAUACACGAGGCAAUUUAAUUCCACAACAUUAUGCAAAUGAACCUAUAGACCGAUAAGCACGACCGGUCAAAUGUAUUUCCAUCAACUGGUAUUUCCAUCAAUGAUUAGGCUGAAAAGCAUUAUUUCGCAAUGGGACUUUUUUUUCUGCCAAUUGGCCGGAGCCAAUCUUAUUUAUCGUCUUUUUAAAAAACUUUUAAAAAACUGGCUAUUACCGGCUACCGGAAACCCUGACACACAACACACACACACAUCAUUGGCACCAUCAUGAAAGACAAACCCAUGGAAUAUGUUUUCCAUUGCCACACUCUUCUAUAUCAUCAUCAUCACUACAGAGAGAAGUUAUUCAAGGCUGUGCCAUUCUCUUUUCCCAUCUGUCUCUAUGGUUCUGGAUUUGAGUAGUGUUAUGGGAAUCUGACAGUGUUAGUAAAUAUUUUGAUUCCUUUUGUAUGAAGAGGAUGGAGGUAGCCUACUUGUUGCUCUUGUUUGUAUGGGUUACUGUUAUAAAACGUUCUGACUCACACACUGUGUCCUUAUAUGGCAAUGAAGUGUGUGUUCACUGAGGGACAGAUUAUAGUUACAGUGCCUUCAGAAAGUAUUCAUACCCCUUGACUUUUUCCACAUUUUGUUGUUUUACAGCCUGCAUUUAUUAAAUGGAUUGAAUUUAUAUUUUUGUCAGUGGAAUUAUGUUCUUUUAAAAAUGUUUACAAAUUAAUAGAAAAUUAAAAGCUGAAAUGUCUUGCGUCAAUAAGUAUUCAAUCCCUUUGUUAUGGCAAGCUUAAAAAAGUUCAGGAGUGAAUUUACUUAACAAGUCACAUAAGUUGCAAUGACUUAAUAGUGUUUAACAUGAUUUUUUAAAAAUGAUUACCUCAUCUCUGUACCCCACACAUACAAUUAUCUGUUAGGUCCCUCAGUCGAGCAGUGAAUUUCAAACACGGACUCAACCACAAAAAAACUGACAUUGAAUAUCCCUUUGAGCAUGGUGAAGUUAUUAAUUACACUUUGGAUGGUGUAUCAAUACAGCGUCACUACAAAGAUACAGGCGUCCUUCCUAACUCCGUUGCCAGAGAGGAAAGGAAACCGCUCAGGGAUUUCACUGAGGCCAAUGGUGACUUUAAAACAGUUAAUGGCUGUGAGAGGAGAACUGAGGAUGGAUCAACAACAUUUUAGUUACUCCACAAUACUAACCUAAUUGGCAAAGUGAAAAGAAGGAAGCCUGUACAGAAUAAUAUUCCAAAGCAUUUACAUUUACAUCAUUUAGCAUACGCUCUUUUCCAGAGCGACUUACAAAUUGGUGCAUUCAACUUAUGAUAGCAAGUGGGACAACCACUUGUUUUAUUUUUUUUGUGGGGGAGGUGGGGGUAGAAGGAUUGCUUUAUACUAUUCCAGGUAUUCCUUAAAGAGGUAGGGUUUCAAGUGUCUCCGGAAGGUGGUCAGUGACUCUGCUGUCCUGGCGUCGUGGGGGAGCUUGUUCCACCAUUGGGGUGCCAGAGCAGCAAAUAGCUUUGACUGGGCUGAGCGGGAACUGUGCUUCUGUAGAGGUAGGGGAGCUAGCAGGCCAGAGGUGGAUGAACAUAGUGCCCUCGUUUGGGUGUAGGGUCUGAUCAGUGCCUGAAGGUAAGGAGGUGCCGUUCCCCUCACAGCUCCGUAGGCAAGCACCAUGGUCUUGUAGUAGAUGCGAGCCUCAACUGGAAGCCAGUGGAGUGUGUGGAGGAGCGGGGUGACAUGAGAGAACUUGGAAAGGUCGAACACCAGACGCGCUGCGGCGUUCUGGAUAAGUUGUAGGGGUUUAAUGGCACAGGCAGGGAGCUCAGCCAACAGCGAGUUGCAGUAAUCCAGACGGGAGAUGACAAGUGCUUGGAUUAGUACCUCUGCCGCUUUCUGUGUAAGGUAGGGUCGUACUCUCCGAAUGUUGUAGAGCAUGAACCUGCAGGAUCGGGUCACCGCUUUGAUGUUAGCAGAGAACGACAGGGUGUUGUCCAGGGUCACGCCAAGGCUCUUUGCACUCUGGGAGGAGGACACAAUGGAGUUGUCAACCGUGAUGGCGAGAUCAUGGAGCGGGCGGUCCUUCCCAGAGAGGAAGUGCAGCUCCGUCUUGCCGAGGUUCAGCUUGAGGUGGUGAUCCAACAUCCACACUGAUAUGUCUGCCAGACAUGCAGAGAUGCGAUUCGCCACCUGGUUAUCAGAAGGGGGAAAGGAGAAAAUGUAAUUGUGUGUCGUCUGCGUAGCAAUGAUAGGAGAGACCAUGUGAGGAUAUGACAGAGCCAAGUGACUUGGUGUAUAGAAGAGAGCCUAGAACUGAGCCCUGGGGGACACCAGUGGUGAGAGCAUGUGGUGCGGAGACAGAUUCUAGCCACGCCACCUGGUAGGAGCGACCUAUCAGGUAGGACGCAAUCCAAGAGUGAGCAGCGCCGGAGAUGCUCAACUCGGAGAGGGUGGAGAGGAGGAUCUGAUGGUUCACAGUAUCAAAGGCAGCGGAUAGGUCUAGAAGGAUAAGAGCAGAGGAGAGAGAGUUAGCUUUAGCAGUGCGGAGAGCCUCCGUGACACAGAGAAGAGCAGUCUCAGUUGAAUGACCAGUCUUGAAACCUGACUGGUUUGGAUCAAGAAGGUCAUUCUGAGAGAGAUAGCAGGAGAGUUGGCUAGAGACGGCACGCUCAAGAGUUUUGGAGAGAAAAUAAAUAAGGGAUACUGGUCUGUAGUUGUUGACAUCGGAGGGAUCGAGUGUAGGUUUUUUUGAGGAGGGGUGCAACUCUCGCUCUCUUGAAGACGGAAGGGACAUGGCCAGCAGUCAAGGAUGAGUUGAUGAGCGUGGUGAGGUAAGGGAGAAGGUCUCAGGAAAUGGUCUGGAGAAGAGAGGAGGGGAUAGGGUCAAGCGGGCAGGUUGUUGGGUGGCCGGCCGUCACAAGUCGCAAGAUUUCAUCUGGAGAGAAAGGGGAGAAAGAAGUCAAAGCAUAGGGUAGGGCAGUGUGAGCAGGACAAGCGGUGUCAUUUGACUUAAUAAAUGAGGAUCGGAUGUCGUCAACCUUCUUUUCAAAAUGGUUGACGAAGUCAUCCACAGAGAGGGAGGAGGGAGGGGGAGGAGGAGGAGGAUACAGCAGGGAGGAGAAGGUGGCAAAGAGCUUCCUACGGUUAGAGGCAGAGGCUUGAAAUUUAGAGUGGUAGAAAGUGGCUUUAGCAGCGGACACAGAGGAAGAGAAUGUAGAGAGGAGGGAGUGAAAAGAUGACAGGUCCGCAGGGAGUCUAGUUUUCCUCCAUUUCCGCUCGGCUGCCCGGAGCCCUCUUCUGUGAGCUCGCAAUGAGUCGUCAAGCCACGGAGCAGGAGGGGAGGACCGAGCCGGCCAGGAGGAUAGGGGACAUAGAGAGUCAAAAGAUGCAGAAAGGGAGGAGAGGAUGGUUGAGGAGGCAGAAUCAGGAGAUCGGAGGGAGAAGGAUUUAGCAGAGGGAAGAGAUUAUAGGAUGGAAGAGGAGAGAGUAGCGGGAGAGGGAGAGCGAAGGUUGCGACGGCACAUUUACCAUCUGAGUAGGGGCAGAGUGAGUAGUGUUGGAGGAGAGCGAGCGAGAAAAGGAUACAAAGUAGUGGUCGGAGACUUGGAGGGGAGUUGCAGUGAGAUUAGUAGAAGAACAGCAUCUAGUAAAGCAUGCAUCCUGUUUGCAACAAGGCACUAAAGUAAUUGUGCAAAAGAAGUGGCAAAGCAAUUAACUUUUUGUCCUGACUGCAAAUCCAAUACAACACAUUACUGAGUACCACUCUCCAUAUUUUCAAGCAGUGGUGGCUGCAUCAUGUUAUGGGUAUGCUUGUAAUCGUUAAGGGCUGCAGAGUUUUUCAGGAUAAAAAAGAAACAGUUUGGAGCUAAGCGCAGGCAAAGUCUAGAGGAAAACCUGGUUCAGUCUGCUUUCCAUCAGACACUGGGGGAUGGGUUCACCUUUCAGCAGAACAAUAGCCUAAAACACAAGGCUAAAUCUACACUGGAGUAGCUUACCAAGACGACAUUGAAUGUUCCUGAGUGGCCGAGUUACAGUUUUGACUUAAAUCUACUUGAAAAUAAAUGGCAAGACCUGAAAAUGGUUGUCUAACAAUGAUCAACAACCAAUUUGACAGAGCUUGAAGAAUGUUAUGAAGAAUAAAGGGCAAAUGUUGCACAAUCCAGGUGUGGAAAGCUCUUAGAGACUUACCCAGAAAGACUCACAGCUGUAAUCGCUGCCAAAGGUGUUUCUAACAUGUAUUGACUCAGGGGGUUGAAUACUUCUCUAAUAUUAUUUUUAUUUUUUUCAAAUAUUAGAAUGUUUCUUCCACUUUGACAUUGGAGUAUUUUGGGUAGAUCGUUGACCAAAAAAUGACAUUUUAAUCCCACGUUGUAACACAACAAAAUGUGUAAAAAGUAAAGGGGUGUGAAUACUUUCUGAAGGCACUGUACGUUCAAAUUAUUGGAAAAUGCACUAUAAAGUAGGGAUGGGCAUUUGAAAUGAUUUCAUUAUUCUAAUAAUAUUUCGGAUAUCCGGAUAGUCAAAACAUACAGUGCAUUCGGAAAGUAUUCAGACCCUUUCACUUUUUCCACAUUUUGUUACGUUACAGCCUUAUUCUAAAAUUGAUUAAAUUGUUUUUUUUUUACCUCAUCAAACUCCACACAAUAUCACAUAAUGACAAAGCAAAAACAGGUUUUUAGAAAUGUUUGCAAAUGUAUUAAAAAUAAUAAACCUGAAAUAUCACAUUCACAUAAAUAUUCAGACCCUUUACUCAGUACUUUGUUGAAGCACCUUUGGCAGCGAUUACAGCCUUGAGUCUUCUUGGGUAUGACGCUACAAGCUUGGCACACCUGUAUUUGGGGAGUUUCUCCCAUUUUUCUCUGCAGAUCCUCUCAAGCUCUGUCUGGUUGGGUGGGGAGCGUCGCUGCACAGCUAUUUUCAGGUCUCUCCAGAGAUGUUCGAUCUGGUUAAAGUGCGGGUUCUGACUGGACCACUGAAGGACAUUCAGAGACUUUUCCCGAAGCCACUCUUGCGUUGUUGGCUGUGUGCUUAGGGUAGUGGUCCUGUUGGAAGGUGAAAAUCAACAAAAAAAAUAUUUGUCACAUACACGUGUUUAGCAGAUGUUAUAGCGGGUGUAGCGAAAUGCUUGUGGUUCUAGCUCCAACAGUGCAGUAAUAUCUAACAGGUAAUAUCUAACAAUUUCACAACAUAAACCCAAUAUACACACAACUAGUAAGGAAUGGGAUUUAAGAAUAUAUACAUAUAUGGACAAGCAAUGACAGAGCAGCAUGGACUAAGAUACAGUAGAAUAUUAUAGAAUAGAAUGCAGUAUAUACGUAUGAGAUGAGUAGUGCAAGAUAUGUAAACAUUAUUAAAGUGACUAGUGUUCCAUUUCUUAAAGUGGACAGUGAUUUCAAUAGGCAGCAGCAGCCUCUUAAUGUGCUUGUAAUGGCUAUUUAACAGUCUGAUGGCCUUGAGAUAGAAUCUGUUUUUCAUUCUCUCGGUCCAAGCUUUGAUGCACCUGUACUGACCUCGCCUUCUGGAUGAUAGCGGGGUGAACAGGCAGUGGCUCGGGUGGUUGAUGUCCUUGAUGAUCUUUUUGGCCUUCCUGUGACAUCGGGUGCUGUAUGUGUCUUGGAGGGCGGGUAGUUUGCCCCCGGUAAUGCGUUCGGCAGACCGCACCACCCUCUGGAGAGCCCUGCGGUUGUCGGCGGUGCAGUUGCCGUACCAGACGGUGAUACAGCCCGACAGGAUGCUCUCAAUUGUGCAUCUGUAAAAGUUUGUGAGGGUUUUAGGUUUUAAGCCGAAUUUCUUCAGCCUCCUGAGGUUGAAGAGGCUCUUUUGCGCCUUCUUCACCACACUGUCUGCGUGGGUGGACCAUUUCAGUUUGUCGGUGAUGUGUACGCCAAGGAACUUGAAGCUUUCCACCUUCUCCACUGCGGUCCCGUCGAUGUGGAUAGGGCGGUGCACCCUCUGCUGUUUCCUGAAGUUCACGAUCAUCUCCUUUGUUUUGUUAAUGUUGAGUGAGAGGUUAUUUUCCUGGCACCACACUCCCAGAGCCUUCGCCCCAGUCUGAGGUCCUGAGCGCUCUGGAGCAGGUUUUCAUCAAGGAUCUCUCUGUACUUUGCUCUGUUCAUCUUCCCCUCGACCCUGAUUAGUCUCACAGUCCCUGCCGCUGAAAAACAUCCCCACAGCAUGAUGCUGCCACCACCAUGCUUCACCGUAGGGAUGGUGCCAGGUUUCCUCCAGACGUGACGCUUGGCAUUCAGGCAAAAUAGUUACAUCUUGGUUUCAUCAGACCAGAGAAUCUUGUUUCUCAUGGUCUGAGAGUCUUUAGGUGCCUUUUGGCAAACUCCAAGCGGGCUGUCAUGUGCCUUUUACUGAGGAGUGGCUUCCGUCUGGCCACUCUACCAUAAAGGCCUGAUUGGUGGAGUGCUGCAGAGAUGGUUGUCCUGGAAGGUUCUCCCAUCUCCACAGAGGAACUCUAGAGCUCUGACAGAGCUCCAAUGGGGUUCUUGGUCACCUCCCUGACCAAGGCACUUCUCCCCGGAUUGCUCAGUUUGGCCGGGCGGCCAGCUCUAGGGAGAGUCUUGGUGGUUCCAAACUUCUUCCAUUUAAGAAUGAUGGAGGCCACUGUGUUCUUGGGGACCUUCAAUGCUGCAGAAAUUUUUUGGUAUCCUUCCCCAGAUCUGUGUCUCGACACAAUCCUGUCUUGGAGCUCUAUGGACAAUUCCUUCGAACUCAUGGCUUGGUUUUUGCUCUGAUAUGCACUGUCAACUGUGGGACCUUAUAUAGAGAGGUGUGUGCCUUUCCAAAUCAUGUCCAAUCAAUUGAAUUUACCACAGGUGGACUCCAAUCAAGUUGUAGAAACAUCUCAAGGAUGAUCAAUGGAAACAGGAUGCACCUGAGCUCAAUUUUGAGUCUUAUAGCAAAGGGUCUGAAUACUUAUGUAAAUAAGGGAUUUCAGUUUUUUUAUUUUUAAUACAUUUGCAAAAAAUUCUAAACCUUUUUUUGCUUUGUCAUUAUGGGGUAUUGUGUGUAGAUUGAUGAGGGAAAAAUAAUAAUUUAAUCAAUUUUAGAAUAAGGCUGUAACGUAACAAAAUGUGGAAAAGGUCAAGGUGUCUGAACACUUUCCGAAUGCACCUUUAUAUAUAUAUUUUUUAAUUGCUCUUGACCAAUCAGAAUGAUGCAAAUGCAGAGGGCAGUACAAUAGCGGACGGGCUGCUUUUCUCCAGUCGUUUUUGGCUAACAGUGAAAGAGAAGUCUGAUGUUCGCCAUAAUAUAACUGAUUUAACUGAUUUUGGUACAGAAACGUUUUCUGGUGCGUGUUCUACAUUGAUCUGUGUUAGCUCCUCCGUUAGGUGUGCCUGUAAUUGCUAUUUGAAGAGUGGAAAAUAGCAUACCGUUGGCAAGGCUGACUAAAGGGCUAAAUGCGCAGUAGUAGCGUGACGCACAGUCAUAAAAUCGACAUUAAAAAGUGUAUUUUAAAUUAUUUUCAAAUGUCAUAUUAUAUCAUGUUAUUUUACAGUGUCAGGCUGAUAAUUUAAUUUAAUUAAGACGAGGCUUUUUCAUUGAUAAAAUAGGCCUAAAAUAAAUUUGACAAAAAUGAACACUCACACAAGUGUUCGAAAUACUAACAUCUGUUUUGGAUAUUUGAAUAACUGUGCCCAUCCCUCACAUAAAGAGAGGAAAACGUCCUGGAAGACCGGUAGUGAAUGGAACAACACAACAAUACACUGGCCUUCAGAUACUGACUUGAGUUGAUCUGAUACAGGCUUAGUAUCCACAGUAUAAGCACGGCACAAAAACAGACCUGCAGCACUAUCAUGAAUGGCUUGUUUAUGAACAGUGAUCAACUAGUUGAAAAACUGAGUGCUUGUUUAAAUUCCUUUGUCUAAUUCAGGACAAUUUGUAUGCCUCGUUUAACCUGGGGCCCUAAUGUUGGUUAAUUAACAUAGUUCUGUGUGUGUGCGCCUACAGUGUGUGUGUGACUGGCUGUGCUCGUGCGCGUAAAAGGGAUUGCCUUUUGAUGUGAAAGGAGUCAGUGUUGUCCUCUACAGGGCCUAGAACAGAGAGGAGACGGACAGUAAAACUCUUGUUUGAUCAGAGCUCUGUUCUCUGGACAAUUCGCCUGUUUAGCCUACUCUUCUUGCUUGUUGUGGCAAGGAGACGAUGCAUAGAAAAUACUUAGUUAUUGGUUGGAACAAUACCCAUGUUGAAUCAACGCACAUUGGAUGCAUGCAGUCAUAUUUUUAUAGUACCCGUAGAUGACAAACGAUUGACACAUGGGGUCUAUUUCACACAAUCUCUUUCUUUUGUACACAAACAGUCACACAGCCAGCCAUGUAGACCCUCCAGUACUGUAGGCCCACACAGUCCCCUCUAAUCCUAUUCGGUCCAAUUAGUGAAGAGUGGCUCUCUGUUGGGCUGUGUAGGUCUGUUGUGGGGACUGGGGAAGCUAGUAGGGGCCACCACAUAUCUCCCUACUUUGAAAACCCUGGAUGAUGCUGGACACUGCCAUCCUGUUAGUCAAGCUGUUAUUCAACAUGAGCACCGUCUUUCAUCUGAUAGUCCAUAACUAAUGUGUUGAUUUAUUCCCUCUGUUCUUAGUUGCUAUCCAUGUCUUUUAUAGUAUCGAAAAACCGAUCUGAGGCAACUGUGACUAGGGUCUGGUUUCAAUGAGAUAAUUAGGCAUAGAGGAACUACGUCACUGCCUACUUCACUACCUUACAAAAUAGUAGCUAGCAAGAUGGAGAUCACAGAGGUUAUUUUUGAUGAGUGCAUUUCGCAUGGUUUGGCCUCCAAACUUUGCUGUGUGAAUUUUUGGGAGAGUUGUCUGUCUGAAGAGGACCUACCCCGGAACAAUUUAUUUUCCCUUAUCGAAGUUGCCAAAAGAGUCCGUAAUUGAAACCAGACCCUAGUCACUGUUGCCAAGGGUCAGGUUUUCGAGACUGUCUUUGACCUGCAUGAGAGCAAGUAUUUGUUGUAUUAUAACGUUACAUUAACAGUGUUUGUGUGUUUCAGUAUCAAGUGGGACAGUUGUACUCAGUAGCACAGGCCAGUAAGAAUGAGACGGGUGGAGGAGAGGGCAUCGAGGUCCUCAAGAAUGAACCCUAUGAGAAGGAGGGCGAGAAAGGACAGUACACACACAAAAUCUACCAUCUGAAGAGGUAACACACACACAAUAUGUUCCACGUGCACCAUCACUAUCUUGCCAGCAAGUGGCAGUGUAGUCAUUCCUGUCUUAAUGUAGGUUUAUAGUACCUGAUAUAGGCCUUCAAGACCAUGACAUUAAGAUAUCCCACUCUAGAACCUGUAUGACUGGAGUUAGUGACUGUGUGUGUGUGUGUGUGUGUGUAUCCAUCUAUCCUCCUCCCCUCUCCUUGGCUUUCACAGUAAAGUCCCUGCGUUUGUCAAGAUGAUUGCUCCUGAGGGCUCCCUGGUCUUCCAUGAAAAGGCCUGGAACGCUUACCCUUACUGCCGAACCAGUGAGUCCUCUCCCCUCUCCUCUCCUGCCCUGGCCCUUCACUCCUCCCCUGUCCUGCCUGCACUCUGACCCACAGCGUUAUGUAUUAACUGACAUUUUAAUUUGACUCAUUGUUAGGAUUGUUUACAUGAGUUUAGGGCUGUCCCCGACAAAAAAAGAUCUUGGUUGACCGAAAGUUGUCUUUCUGUUCUUUCAACCAAUCGAUUGGUCUACAUUUUUAAAUGUGUAUUUUUCCAUAUACAGUACCAGUCAAAAGUUUGGACACACCUACUCAUUCCAGAGUUUUUCUUUAUUUUUACUAUUUUCUACAUUGUAGAAUAAUCGUGAAGACAUCAAAAUUAUGAAAUAACACAUGGAAUAAUUUAGUAACCAAAAAGUGUUAAACAAAUCAUAAUAUAUUUUAUAUUUGAGAUUCUUCAAAGUUUCUAUCCUUUGCCUUGAUGACAGCUUUGCACACUCUUGGCAUUCUUUCAACCAGCUUCAUGAGGUAGUCACCUGGAAUGCAUUUCAAUUAACAGGUGUGCCUUGUUAAAAGUUACAUUUUUUGGAAUUUCUUUCCUUCUUAAUGCGUUUGAGCCAAUCAGUUGUGUUGGGACAAGGUAGCCCUAUUUGGUAAAAGACCAGGGCCAUAUUAUGGCAAGAACAGCUCAAAUAAGCAAAGAGAAACGACAGUCCAUCAUUACUUUAAGACAUGAAGGUCAGUCAAUCCGGAACAUUUCAAGAACUUUUAAAGUUUCUUCAAGUGCAGUCGUAAAAACCAUCAAGCGCUAUAUGAAACUGGCUCUCAUGAGGACCGCCACAGGAAUGGAAGACCCAGAGUUACCUUUGCUGCAGAGGAUAAGUUCAUUAGUUACCAGCCUCAGAAAUUGCAGCCCCAAAAAAAUGCUUCACAGAGUUCAAGUAACAGACACAUCUCAACAUCAACUGUUCAGAGGAGACUGCUUGAAUCAGGCCUUCAUGGUCGAAUUGCUUCAAAGAAACCACUAGUAAAGGACACCAAUAAUAAGAAGAGACUUACUUGGGCCAAGAAACACAAGCAAUGGACAUUAGACCGGUGGAAAUGUGUCCUUUGUUCUGAUGAGGCAAAAUUUGAGAUUUAUGGUUCCAACCACCAUGUCUUUGUGAGACGCAGAGUAGGUGAACAGAUUAUCUCUGCAUGUGUGGUUCCCACCGUGAAGCAUGGAGGAGGAGGUUUGAUGGUGUUGGGGGUGCAUUGCUGGUGACACUGUCAGUGAUUUUAUUUAGAAUUCAAGGCACUCUUAACCAGCAUGGCUACCGCAGCAUUCUGCAGCGAUACGCCAUCCCAUCUGGUUUGCUCUUAGUAGGACUAUCAUUUGUUUUUCAACAGGACAAUGACCCAACAGACCUCCAGGCUGUGUAAGAGCUAUUUGACCAAGAAGGAGAGUAAUGGAGUGCUGCAUCAGAUGACCUGGCCUCCACAAUCCCCCGACCUCAACCCAAUUGAGAUGGUUUGGGAUGAGUUGGACCGCAGAGUGAAGGAAAAGCAGCAAACAAGUGUUCAGCAUAUGUGGGAACUCCUUCAAGACUGUUGGAAAAGCAUUCCUCAUGAAGCUGGUUGAGAGAAUGCCAAGUGUGCAAAGCUGUCAUCAAGUCAAAGGUGAGCUACCAUGAAGAAUCUAAAAUAUAAAAUAUAUUUUGAUUUGUUAACACUUUUUUGGUUACUACAUGAUUCCAUGUGUUAUUUCAUAGUUUUGAUGUCUUCACUAUUAUUCUACACUGUAGAAAAUAGUAAAAACAAAGAAAAACCCUUGAAUGAGUAGGUGUGUCCAAACUUUAGACUAGUACUGUAUAUACACACCCUAUGUGUUCUUAAUAAAAUCAACUACAGUAUAUAAUUGUCUGAUGCUGUUUGAUUAAAUAAGACACAAAUUACUCAAGAGGGAGCCAGAGAUCAAGAUAACCAGAAGAGAAAAACCUUAACCUGACCGACCAUCCUCCUCCCACUCCUGCUGGCUUUCGCAGAUUCUGCCAUUACUCUCCUGAAGUUGCCGGUAAUAGGCUACACGAGGAGUCGGCAGCCUUUCUCAUGUGGAAUGCCAAUUUAUCUUACAAUUUCUACCGAUCUGCGUGCCAGUUAUGGUGUUCAUAUGCACAUUGUCGUGGAACAGUUUCAUUUAAUUUAUCACAACACGGCCUCCGUGGAUGGCACAGUCCAAGAAGAAGGGGAGUGUGGCUAAAAUGCAUGUCUCGCUCCAGAAUGCGCUCUCUCCCGCCAAUUUGUGCACAUUCAUUGUUUCAUAUCUUCAUUGUGUGAAUUGUUUGCCUUGAUUGUUAGUGUCUAUCAUUUCCCCAGCCCUACAUGAGUUGCAUGAUUCUAUCUUUCUUUUCCUGUUUUGGAUGGAUAUCUAACGAUUAAUCUCUCUUUGGUGUCUUCUCAUGAUUCGCCUGUGGCCAGUUGUAACGGUAAGUAGCUUCAAAUGACCCUCACUCUGUUUUAGUUUUUAUCUCACUGUUUGUAUGGUAGUUGUUUGUGCGUGCGGGUGGCUAGUUCGUCCGUGUGAAUGUGCGUCAGUGUUUGUGAAUAGAACUUGUCAACAUAUUGCUUCAAUGAUGAAUAAUGUAGCAAUUAAGCCAAUGCAUGUACAUAUUUAUUGGGUAGGAGGUCUCUGUUGUGGACAUGACUAGCAAUGUAAAUCUACUAGGAAAUUUAGAGGGUUUUAUUGCCUUCAGCUUUAGUAAUGAUUUCCCACCACCUUCCUCCAGAAUGAGUAUAUGAAAGAUGACUUCAUCAUUAAGAUUGAGACAUGGCACAAACCUGACCUUGGCACAGUAGAAAACGUGAGUACUUUUAUCUGUCAUUCAAAAUGAGUUGGAUUAAUGACAAUUUUCUCUUUAUAAGAAUCUCACUGUAAAUGCAAUUGAUGGCUGUCUGCAUCAGCUAAUAUCUGACUUUGAAGUGUCCUUUUGAAUUGUAGCUCUCAUGCUUAUGCCUGGCUUUGAUUGGCAGGUGCACAAGCUGGACGCGCCCACAUGGAAGAGUGUGGAGGUGGUGCCCAUUGACAUUGCAGAUGGAGAACAAGUGGCCCCUGCUGUGAGUACUCCCCUCUGAUAUUGCUGUCAUGCCACACUCAAUAAAGCCCUGGAUAGUACUGUUUGGCACCAUCAUGUGGAGAGACUUGGGCAUUGCAAAGCAAGCCAAAUAUACUCAGAUUUGACACAAAAAUGGCAAAUACACACAUUCCUAGUAAGCUUUUCCUGAGUUGAUGUGUUCUAUUCCAUGUCACCUGCCAGUAAGAUGAUAUGGGCAAAAAAUCUAGGCCUAUUGCGAUUUAGAUCCAAGCACUUAGGUGAACUGUUGGAAUCAUGAAAAUAUUAUGAUUAUUCUAAUUAUAUAGUUGGAAUAUAGUGGGCAGCACUUUAAAUACAUUGUUUGACAACAAAUUAAAAAGCCAGCGAGGAAUUAUUGUGUCAGGUUAGGAACCAAAGUAUUGGUCAGUGUUUCCCAAUGGACCCUAAUUAGAUGUUACAUUCCAUGUUUUUCCCAGAGUUUUCAUUAUCAAUUAAAUUCAAAGGGCUUUAUUGGCAUGAGAAACAUGUUUACAUUGCCAAAGCAAGUGAAAUAGAAAAUAAACAAAAGUGAAAUAAUCAAUCAAAAAUGAACAGUAAAUAUUACACUCACAAGUUUCAAAGGAAUUGACACAUUUCAAAUGUCAUAUUAUGGCUAUUUACAUUUUACAUUUUAGUCAUUUAGCAGACGCUCUUAUCCAGAGCGACUUAGUUAUUGAGUGCAUACAUUUUCAUACUGGCCCCCCGUGGGAAACGAACCCACAACCCUGGCGUUGCAAGCGCCAUGCUCUACCAACUGAGCUACAGGGGACUACAAUGAUGUGUAUAAUGAUGUGCAAAUAGUUAAAGUACAAAAGGCAAAAUAAAUAAACACAUGCAUUGUAUUUACAAUGGUGUUUGUUCUUCACUGGUUGCCCUUUUCUUGUUGCAACAGGUCACAAAUAUUGCUGCUGUGAUGGCACACUGUGGUAUUUCAGCCAAUAGAUAUGGGAGUUUAUCAAAAUUGGAUUUGUUUUGGAAUUCUUUGUGGGUCUGUGUAAUCUGAGGGAAAUAUUUGUCUCUAAUAUGGUCAUACAUUUUGCAGGAGGUUAGGAAGUGCAGCUCAGGCUUUAUUAGCUAGCUACGUUUGCUCUGACUGAGUACAUACAGUGGCUUGCGAAAGUAUUCACCCCCCUUGGCAUUUUCCUAUUUUGUUGCCUUACAACCUGGAAUUAAAAUUGAUUUUUGGGGGUUUAGACAAAAUAAGACACAAAAACAGAACUUGAGCGUGCAUAACUAUUCACCCCCCCCAAAGUCAAUACUUUGAAGAGCCACCUUUUGCAGCAGUUACAGCUGCAAGUCUCUUGGGGUAUGUCUCUAUAAGCUUGGCACAUCUAGCCACUGGGAUCUUUGCCCAUUCUUCAAGGCAAAACUGCUCCAGCUCCUUCAAAUUGGAUGGGUUCCGCUGGUGUACAGCAAUCUUUAAGUCAUACCACAGAUUCUCAAUUGGAUUGAGGUCUGGGCUUUGACUAGUCCAUUCCAAGACAUUUAAAUGUUUCCCCUUAAACCACUCGAGUGUUGCUUUAGCAGUAUGCUUAGGGUCAUUGUCCUACUGGAAGGUGAACCUCCGUCCCAGUCUCAAAUCUCUGGAAGACUGAAACAGGUUUCCCCUCAAUAAUUUCCCUGUAUUUAGCGCCAUCCAUCAUUCCUUCAAUUCUGACCAGUUUCCCAGUCCCUGUGAUGAAAAACAUCCCCACAGCAUGAUGCUGUCACCACCAUGCUUCACUGUGGGGAUGGUGUUCUCGGAGUGAUGAGAGGUGUUGGGUUUGCGCCAGACAUAGCGUUUUCCUUGGUGGCCUAAAAGCUACAUUUUAGUCUCAUCUGACCAGAGUACCUUCUUCCAUAUGUUUGGGGAGUCUCCCACAUGGCUUUUGGCGAACACCAAACGUGUUUUGCUUUUUUUUUCUUUAAGCAAUGGUUUUUUUUCUGGCCACUCUUCAGUAAAUCCUAGCUCUGUGGAGUGUACGGCUUAAAGUGGUCCUAUGGACAGAUACUCCAAUCUCUGCUGUGGAGCUUUGCAGCUCCUUCAGUGUUAUCUUUGGUCUCUUUGUUGCUUCUCUGAUUAAUGCCCUCCUUGCCUGGUCCGUGAGUUUUGGUGGGCGGCCUUGGUCUUUUGGAGAGCUCCUUGGUCUUCAUGGUGCCGCUUGCUUCGUGGUGCCCCUUGCUUAGUGGUGUUGCAGACUCUGGGGCCUUUCAGAACAGGUGUGUGUAUAUAUACUGAGAUCAUGUGACAGAUCAUGUGACACUUAUAUUUUACACAGGUGGACUUUAUUUAACUAAUUAUGUGACUUCUGAAGGUAAUUGGUUGCACCAGAUCUUAUUUAUGGGCUUCAUAGCAAAGGGGGUGAAUACAUAUCCACGCACCACUUUUCCGUUAUAUAUUUUUCCGAAUUUUUUGAAACAAGUAAUUUUUUUCAUUUCACUUCACCAAUUUGGACUAUUUUGUGUAUGUCCAUUACAUGAAAUCCAAAUAAAAAUCAAUUUAAAUUACAGGUUGUAAUGGAACAAAAUAGGGAAAACGCUAAGGGGAAUGAAUACUUUUGCAAGGCACUGUAUAGGUAGCUGGCUAGCCAGCUAACGAUUAGAAUUAGCGGCUAACACAAUUUAUUUUAGCCACAACUUGCUAAGAAAAUACAAACUAGUUGUUUGCAGACAGUGAGAUACACAAACUCAUAGUGUAGAUAUAGAACUCUUGUGGAUUUAUAUUAAGAAGCAAAGUGGAAAGCAGCAUCAUUGUCAUCUGACCAUGCAGACAGAGUGAACAGCAACUUGUCGGCAAGUGCCCGUGACUACUAGGUCGAGCAAGUAGUGAUGUGCAGUUCGUGAAAGAUUUCGUUAUUUUUGAACGACUCAUUUUACUGACUCUAGAGUCAUGAUUAAUUUUUCCGAGUGACUCGUUCAUUUUAGUUGUUUGUUUCAGCUGCUGGCUGCAAUGAUUUCUACAGUAGGAUUAUUACGCGCUUCUCCGAUUCAACGGCUCUGGAGACGUGCUCCGGCUGUCUAUCAUGUGCGCGCAGAAUAAUAGAUAAUCUUGCUUCAGGCAACAUAGAGAAGGAAAAUACAUGUUUAGAGCUCUUAAAUGAUCACACUGUGCAAGAAUGAAUGCAAUCAAUUGAUUAUUGAAUCUUAUGGAUGGACGCAGCCUACACAGCCUGCCUCUGCUCAACACUCGGAACUCACAAACAAAUCGUUUCGAUGGCUGCUGCCGUUCGCAAACGAUAGUUAUUGGGAAAAUCUCCCUUGCUGAAGUCGAGCAAUUGCAUUCCGCCAAGAAUCGUUCACAAUCUAGUCCGGUUGCGGCUGGAUCUAGACCUUGUUUCAAAGGAAUAAAUAAAUAAUCUUCUUUGUAUGCCCAGAAAUCUCAAAUGUACAUUGUUUGAAUCAUAGUUUUAUAAGUCACUACUGACUCAAAUGAACGAAAUGAGUCGAAAGAUUAGGUAUUUUGACUGAACGAGUCAAAGAUUCGAGUCAGUAAAAAGAGCUGAACUUCCCAAUACUACGAGCAACAACUUGCUCUCCUUGAGUGAUGGGACAGGGCUUGGUGUGGGAGGCACAUGGGGAAGCAGCAUGCAGGAGGAGAGGGAUGACUCAAGUAGCAAACAGAGUAAACUAUAAAAAUGGACAUUACACGCACGGGAGAGUGGCGUAUCAUAUUUAACAAACCAAACAUUGAAAUACCGUUGUAGAAGGUUAAGUAAAAACCCAAACCGGUCCGUGCAUCAAAUAUACCUGUAUAUAGUAAAAUACGGUAUACCGCCCAGCACUACCUGCCAGGUAAGGAAACUAUGGUGCAUAGUUUCUUCUCCUCUGCAGGUUCUGAAACCCCUCAAAUCAGUAUGGUGUUGGAAGCUCUGCAAUUAUAAUUAAUAUGGUGAAGUUGGUAUCAUUUCUCAAGUUUCUUCCUUUCAAAUCCAUAAGGUUCCUUGUACCAAUGCUGGUAAUUCAUUGCUAUUAUUUGGCAAGGCAUUGCCUCAUUUCACAGAGUCUGUUGGUAAGUGGAGUGUGUGCGAGUGCGUGUGGUUAUUUGCCUGAGUAGCAGCAGCAGUGUGUGUUUGCAGUAGGUGUCUAACGAGGCGGACGUGUUUGCCUUGCUGGAGGAGUGUUGUGUCUGAGGGCCCUAUCAGGUCUGUGCCUCAGGCAUGACUGCAAGGCCUGGGUCGCCAAGGGACCACAGAUGAGUUUGUUAGUGUAAUUAAGGCUCACAGCGCUCCAUACGCUGGUCAAUGACACACACACACACACACACACACACUCCUUCAGUGAACAGCAGCUCCUCUCCCUCGGCCCAGGCACAUCGAUUCACAGAAUCAUUAGAGCAGCACAGUAUAUUGUUAUAGUGAAGGAGCUUUCAGCAUUAUAACGGGCAAAUGAAUAAGUUUGCUUCUGCCGUUCUGUUCGUUUGUCUCCCUCCUGUCGGCUGAUAGCCCUGAAAAGCAGCUUUUAGCUGCGGGCGCAUCAUGAUUUAUUUAAAAUUGCUGGGCCCUUGAGCUGUCGGUAAUUUGAAAGGCGUUUUGUUUAUUUGUUUUAUAAUUUUUUCCACACCAGUUGACUUUGCACAGUAUCAAAAGCACAGAAUAUGUUACUUUUGAUACUUCUGUCAAAUGUGUCUCACGGACAAGUCUGUCAGUGCAGCCGAUGUCCCACAUGGAGCGCACCUUGCCUGCUCCACAUACUCAGUGCUAGUAUGUGGAGUCUGGGCUGCAUCAUGUUAAGCUCUCCACUCAUGCUGCGCAGAAGUUAACACUCUUGAAUAAUGCGACACGGCAUCUAGAAAUGUUGAAACUGUUAAUUACUGUUUGCAAAACAAUGUCCAUACAGGCUAGAAUAACUUUACAAUGCAAGAAGAUACUGGUAGCUUCCAAUUUUUUUAGGCUAACUUUCUUUGCUAGCUUACAGCUGAAACUAACAUCAAUUCACUACCCUAGUACUUUCUCUGCAAAACAUAAUGCAAAAUAUGCUGAUUUCAAAGCUCAUUGCCUCAAAAACGUUCUUUAUUCAUUUAGUAGGGCUCCCUCACGUCUCUCCCUCAGCCAAAUAUUUAUUGCCUCCGCGAACUGCACCUCUCUUAGCUCGUAAAUGAGAGCACACACUUUAAAAAAAUAAGCUACUAAUAUGCAGAUGUUGAUCAGGACAAUAAAAUAAGUGCCUCAUGGAAGGGAAACAUAUUGUUUGUCAUCUGUAGCUUCAUGAAAUCAGCCAAAACAAGGUCAAUAACUCAAUGCAUGCACACACUCCUAUUGAAUAUGCAUUCAUCUGUAUUGUGAAUAGACCUAGGGUAUAUCUUUAUUUAUCCAGUUUAUCAAUAGAGAUUUAUCAUUAAAAUAAAUUAUUACCGUUAUGUAGUUUAGAUUUGGUAAAAACAGUCAAAUUGAUUGUAUAAUUGGUUCAUUUUAAAAGAAAACUCUGCCCAAGUUUUCAAGAUAUGUAACUUUCAAAAUACAGAAAUGUGAUUUUGUGUUUUCAAGUUACAUAUCUUGAAAACUUGAUUACUGACAUGCAACAGAUUUUGGGACUAUAUCAACAAUGGACUAAUUAAACAAAUACCAAAAGAGUUUUUGGGUGGAUUUUCCUUUAAUGCAAACAUGGCUGUCUCUGAAAAAGUCUGAUGUAGAACAUUUCAAAUGUAAUGGUAUUGAACUCAAACGAUUGAACCGAGCAGUAGCUGAGUUUCUGUCUGGAUGAAGUGCCAUUCUGCAGCUUUAGCUAAUAUGCCUUAUUUUUGUGCCGUGGUAUCGUUUUUUAAUCGAGUAUCGUGAUGCUAUCGAGUAUUGUGAUACUAAACCUGGUAUCGGUAUCGAAGUCAAAAUUCUGGUAUCGUGACUGUGUGUGUGUGUGUGUGCUGCUUGUGUAUUAUGCCACUGGAGUGUGUAUCUACUCUCCUGCUGCACUAGUGAGAUAGAUAGAACUGUAUGUUUGGCUGUGGUAGUGAAUAGGUUCAGUGCUUGUGUUUUGGUGAAGUAGUGUUACUGUGCUCCCAGCAUCAUGAUACAGUGUGUCACAGGACGUGAGGAGGAUAGCCCUGUGCCUAGGAGCAGGCUCUCCUCAGCCUGGCCCUGAGUGGAGGAGUCGUCAGACAAGGGCCUCGAGGUCAUUUGCUGUCGGCAGGCAGCCGCCCUACAUGCAAUCAUGCACGCCAUCAGACACACACGUACACACUCACACACACAUUGGCAUCAGCCAGCAUCCUCCUGCCAUCUGUAAUCUCAGCACAGCCGUUUGCUGGUGGCAUCGACAACUUCCAACCUGACAGCCUCCCCAUCCCGGCCCCUGCCCAGCUCAGCCCAGACAUGGUGCAGGUCAUGAACUGGGGACUGAGGAGGGCACAGGGCUGGGCUUUGGUGUUGCAUCCUGUGGCCAGGAGAAAGGGGCUGCCAGGCUGAGUUGUGGGGGGCAGAUCUAGCCUGGGAGACUCUACAAUGACCCCUCUCAUGGCAGUGCCUCCCCUUGCCCCUUUGCCCAGAGGGUGGUCAGCAUUAGUGCAGGGCCAGCGCUCACAGACACCCCACAGACACAUGGGCUAGAGGGGUUUAGACGGCCCUCUAUCACUAAUGUUGAAUGCAGAUGUGUUGGAAUUAUUUGUUCAGUGUUCUGAUUAUUAGUGUUAACUGUUAUCCUUCUCUUCCCUGUCCAGGACUACAAGGCAGAGGAGGAUCCUGCUCUGUUCAAGUCAGCUAAGACUGGGAGAGGGCCCCUGGGACCUAAUUGGAAGGUACGCCUCUCACUGGAACACCCUGGGAAGAAAGGAGGGAAAAGAGCUUGUUGGCAAUGUAGUCAUGGGUUGGAUCCAAAAUUAAUUUCCAAUCGUUUCGUUCUGAACAGAAACAUACUUUUUUUUGUUCUGUUGCACUGUUCUAACCAGCAAAAUAAAGUUCAGAACCGGUUCGAAUCCCAAAAAAUGUAUGGUUUAUAUCGUUCCUUUUUAAACCUCUACAUUUAGCUCAACAUUCAAUUACUUCACCAAUCAGUGCGGCUUGUCCAGUGUUGGUGAUCGCGUGCCCGCUGGAGCCGAUUCUUUUUAGCUGAUAGGAGUGGAAACUGGUGUGGUCGUCUGCUGCAAUAGCCCAUCCGUGACAAGGACGACGCGUUCUGAGAUGCGAUUCGGCACACCACUGUUGUACUGCGCCGUUAUUUGCCUGUUUGUAGGCCCGCCUGUUAGUCUGCACAAUUCUUGCCAUUCUCCUUCAACCUCUCUCGUCAAUUAGCUGUUUUCGCCCACAUUACUGCCACUGACUGGAUGUUUUUUAUUUGUCGCACCAUUCUCUGUAAACCCUAGACACUGUUGUGCGUGAAAAGCCCAGGAGGCCGGCCGUAUCUGAGCUACUGGAACCGGCGCGUCUGGCACCGACGAUCAUACCAUGCUCAAAUCCGCUUAGGUCACUCGUUUUGCCCAUUCUAACGUUCAAUCUAACAGUAACUGAAUGCCUCCUUUAUAUAGCAAGCCACGUGACUCACUGUCUGUAGGAGCAAACCAUUUUCAUGAACGAGGUGAUAAAUGGGGUAAUAAAUUGGUCACGGAGUGUAUGGCUAUCAUUGGACAAGCAUUAGUGUGUGUGUGUGAGAAGGAGUCCCUCAGACGGGAUGGAGGAGGAGAGGAGGAGAGGGAGGUCUGAGUGGCAGAGCUGUAGGCUGCAGUUUGAUGAAGACAAAUCACAGCUCUCACUGCUCUAAUUGGACGUAAUAGAAAUCACAAGGGAUCAGGUCAGAUUAGGCCCUCCUGUCUCAGCCCUGCCCACAUCCUCACACUCUUUAUUUUCAGCCAGCCAGAUGAGGGUGUGUAUGUACGCGGCUGUCUGCUCCGGGGUUUGUGUGUGGUAUCUUAGUUUGAGCUAGGAACAGUUCAGUAUGAUGAGUCUGGGAGGUAUUUGUUUGUGAAAACUGAGAGGUAAUGAAAACGGCUCAUCCAGAGACACUAGUGGUCUCGCCCCUAACCCCUCAUCUACAGCCGUACAAACAGGCCCAGGAUCACACUGUUUAAUGGCAGACAAGUUAGAAUCUCCAUGUGUGAAAGUUUCCCUGUACUGUGACAACUUGCACAGAUUAAAGACUGCUGAACAGCUUUAUAAAGUCUGAAUAAAAUUAGAUCACUUUCCCCCAGCCUUGGACAUGGAAACUCCCAACUUUUGGGGAAAGAAAUUAGAGAAAAACAAUCAUAGUUAAAGUGACAUAAGAGAAAACAAUUGGUGCCAGCUUCUCAGAACUGUAAAAGUAUUGUCUAUCACUGCAUGCACACCCAUCGUCACACUUUGUAUUUCUGAAUUCUCCUGCUCCUUUGAGCAGGGCGACGAGAGACGUAGUGAAGAAAUGUCACCGUAAGUGUUUUGAUGUGGGAUCUGUUUUAUCUGAAGUUCUCUUUUAGCGGUGACAACUUCUCUAGCUAAACCCUACGCAUAUGUAGAAUGUUUUUCAUUCCCCUCUCUUCCUCUCUCUCUCCCGUGAUGGGAGCAUCAAACAGUUAUGAGAUGUGGGUGAUGUCGGCAGGUCUGUGGCAUUUCUCCCUGUGUGCUGCGCUAGAAUUAAGUGAUUAAUGAAACAGGUGUUCUGGGAUGGUGUGUUUGUGUGUUCUGGGGGCGAGGAGGUCCUGGGUGUUAAUAUUGGAACCGGCUUUGCGCCGAGGCGCUCUUAUCGCUGCGCGAUGCGAUAACGGUGUCCCAGCCACAAAGGCCUGCCUGUUUGGGAACCGUGUCACUGUCAGGGUGGAGCGAGAGAAAUGGUCCCUUCAUCUGGAGCUUAUCCACUUUGCUCUCGCUCCCUCCUCCUCAUCUCUCUCUCCUCUUCCUCUCAGGGAGACAGAGUGCAAGCUACAGAUGGAUUUAAAACUGUUUUGUAGAUGAGAGGACUUUUAUCCAUCUACUGCAUAUUCUCAUAUCGAUAAUUAUUUUAGUAACCUUCGUUUCCAAAGCAUUAUGUAUUAAUGACAUUUUAGUGGUUGGCAUACCGCUGAGAUUGGUCUAAACCGAUAUUUUUUUCUUAAAUCACAUUCUGCUUUCUUCUCCUUGAGAGUUCCAUUAUUGGAAAGUUUGCAUAAACUUUGCCUAUUUGCAUAUUCACAGUUUUGUAAUAUCAUGUGUCAACGUAAAUGAUGGAUAAUUGAGUGUCUUCUUGCUGUGCAGUGAUUGCUCAGUGUCUGUUCUCCUGUUGUGUUGCUACUAACAGAAGGAGCUGGUUAGUAAGGCUGAUUGCCCGAGGAUGUGUGCCUACAAACUGGUCACGGUCAAGUUCAAGUGGUGGGGCCUGCAGAACAAGGUGGAGAGCUUUAUUCACAAGGUAAGGAUUUUUUUUGGGUCACGUUUCCCCCCCCAUCCUUUUAUUCUGUCACUAUCUGACACAUUCUUAUUUUUUCCUUGUAAUCUCUCUUUCUUUCCCUGUAAAUGCCUCUUCACAUGUUCUUCUCUCCUCCAGCAAGAGAAGCGUAUCUUCACUAACUUCCAUCGCCAGCUGUUCUGUUGGAUCGACAAGUGGGUGGAGCUGACUAUGGAAGACAUCAGGCGGAUGGAGUCGGAGACACAAAAGGAGCUGGAGGAGGUAUGUAGAGGAACAUAUAGGACUACCAACAGGAGAAGGGUUCAAUACUUACCAGGUCUUACUAAACUCAAAACCUCCAAAACCUUUAGAGCGAGUGUGCUGUUUUUAGGCAUAAUCUCUUUAGCAUUGUCAUGGUAGCAGAUCCCAGCAUACUGUGCAGUGUGGGUGUGGUGUUUGCCUUCAAUAAAUUCACAGGUUUUCCUGAGAUCCCGGUUGGGAGAUCCACGGAAUCAGGAGGGAAUAAGCAGGAAAUCCGGUAUCCUUCAACCAGGCAUUCUGGAAAACCAGGGAAUUUAUUGAAUGUUCCUGGAAUUUUGCAACCUUGGUCUUGACCAUGGUUGGGUAGCAGGCUGUCUUGGCCUGUCUGUGGUGUCGUUCCUCUGAGAGAGACAGUAGUGAUGUUUGGAAGCUCAUUAGAAGAGUCAUCAAAAUCUCCCAGUUGGACCUCUGGGAGUGAUGCUGGUUGGUCUCUUCUUCAUAAGUGGUUUUUAGUGGUGCUGAAACCCACAACAUUCACUAAAUUCUUAUCUCUCCCUAGAUGCUUUUCCCCUAAUCAAUUUCUGAUUACCGGUAUUAUUCUUACUUUUCAUUGAAAAUCGGAGCUAAACAUCCUGUUUAUCGAUUUCAAUAUGUCAAAUCAACGAAAAACUAAAACCAUGUAUGAUUUUAUGACAUUGUAAUUUUUCCCAUCUUACAGUGCAUUUGGAAAGUAGUCAGACCUUAUUCUAAAAGGGAUUACAUCAUUUUCCCUCAUCAAUCUACACACAAUACCCCAUAAUGACAAAGCGAAACAGGUUUUUAGACAUUUUUGCAUCCUGUUUCCAUUGAUCAUCCUUGAUAUGUGUCUACAACUUGAUUGGAGUCCACCUGUGGUAAAUUCAAUUGAUUGGACAUGAUUUGGAAAGGCACACACCUGUCUAUAUAAGGUCCCAUAGUUGACAGCGCAGAGCAAAAACCAAGCCAUUAGGUCGAAGGAAUUGUCCGUAGCGCUCCAAGACAGGAUUGUGUCGAGGCACAGAUCUGGGGAAGGGUACCAAAAUAUGUCUGCAGGAUUGAAGGUCCCCAAGAACACAGUGGCCUCCAUCAUUCUUAAAUGGAAGAAGUUUGGAACCACCAAGACUCUUCCUAGAGCUGGCCGCCCGGCCAAACUGAGCAGUCUGUGGAGAAGGGCCUUGGUCAGGGAGGUGACCAAGAACCCGAUGGUCACUCUGACAGAGCUCCAGAGUUCCUCUGUGGAGAUGGGAGAACCUUCCAGAAGGACAACCAUCUCUGCAGCACUCCACCAAUCAGGCCUUUAUGGUAGAGUGGCCAGACGGAAGCCACUCCUCAGUAAAAGGCACAUGACAGCCCGCUUGGAGUUUGCCAAAAGGCACCUAAAGAUGAAAAUGUAUGCACUGGAUAAGAGCGUCUGCUAAAUGACUAAAAUAUAAAUGUAAAAAUGUAAGACUCUCAGACCAUGAGAAACAAGAUUCUCUGGUCUGAUGAAACCAAGAUUGAACUUUUUGGCCUGAAUGCAAAGCAUCACGUCUGGAGGAAACCUGGCACCAUCCCUACGGUGUAGCAUGGUGGUGGCAGCGUCAUGCUGUGGGGAUGUUUUUCAGCGGCAGGGACUGGGAGACUAAUCAGGGUCGAGGGAAAGAUGAACAGAGCAAAGUACAGCGAGGUCCUUGAUGAAAACCUGCUCCAGAGCGCUCAGGACCUCAGACUGGGGCAAAGCUUCACCUUCCAACAGGACAACGACCCUAAGCACACAGCCAAGACAACGCAGGAGUGGCUUCGGGACAAGUCUCUGAUUGUCCUUGAGUGGCCCAGCCAGAGCCAGAGCCUGGACUUGAACCCGAUCGAACAUCUCUGGAGAGACCUGAAAAUAGCUUUGCAGCGACGUGCCACAUCCAAUCUGACAGAGCUUGAGAGGAUCUGCAGAGAAGAAUGGGAGAAACUCCUUAAAUACAGGUGUGCCAAGCUUGUAGCAUCAUACCCAAGAACAUUCAAGGCUGUAAUCACUGCCAAAGGUGCUUCAACAAAGUACUAAGUAAAGGGUCUGAAUACUUAUGUAAAUGUAAUAUUUCAGUUACAUGACUGUUUUCCCUCUAUCUUGAUUCAUUUAAUGACCAUAUUUUCUUUAAAGUUCCAGUGCAGUCAAAAAUGUGAUUUUCCUGUGUUUGUGUGUGUGUGUAUAUAUAUAUAUACAGUGGGGAAAAAAAGUAUUUAGUCAGCCACCAAUUGUGCAAGUUCUCCCACUUAAAAAGAUGAGAGAGGCCUGUAAUUUUCAUCAUAUGUACACGUCAACUAUGACAGACAAAUUGAGAAAAGAAAAUCCAGAAAAUCACAUUGUAUGAUUUUUAAUGAAUUUAUUUGCAAAUUAUGGUGGAAAAUAAGUAUUUGGUCACCUACAAACAAGCAAGAUUUCUGGCUCUCACAGACCUGUAACUUCUUCUUUAAGAGGCUCCUCUGUCCUCCACUCAUUACCUGUAUUAAUGGCACCUGUUUGAACUUGUUAUCAGUAUAAAAGACACCUGUCCACAACCUCAAACAGUCACACUCCAAACUCCACUAUGGCCAAGACCAAAGAGCUGUCAAAGGACACCAGAAACAAAAUUGUAGACCUGCACCAGGCUGGGAAGACUGAAUCUGCAAUAGGUAAGCAGCUUGGUUUGAAGAAAUCAACUGUGGGAGCAAUUAUUAGGAAAUGGAAGACAUACAAGACCACUGAUUAUCUCCCUCGAUCUGGGGCUCCACGCAAGAUCUCACCCCGUGGGGUCAAAAUGAUAAAAAGAACGGUGAGCAAAAAUCCCAGAACCACACGGGGGGACCUAGUGAAUGACCUGCAGAGAGCUGGGACCAAAGUAACAAAGCCUACCAUCAGUAACACACUACGCAGCCAGGGACUCAAAUCCUGCAGUGCCAGACGUGUCCCCCUGCUUAAGCCAAUGCAUGUCCAGGCCCGUCUGAAGUUUGCUAGAGUGCAUUUGGAUGAUCCAGAAGAGGAUUGGGAGAAUGUCAUAUGGUCAGAUGAAACCAAAAUAGAACUUUUUGGUAAAAACUCAACUCCUCGUGUUUGGAGGACAAAGAAUGCUGAGUUGCAUCCAAAGAACACCAUACCUACUGUGAAGCAUGGGGGUGGAAACAUCAUGCUUUGGGGCUGUUUUUCUGCAAAGGGACCAGGACGACUGAUCCGUGUAAAGGAAAGAAUGAAUGGGGCCAUGUAUAGUGAGAUUUUGAGUGAAAACCUCCUUCCAUCAGCAAGGGCAUUGAAGAUGAAACGUGGCUGGGUCUUUCAGCAUGACAAUGAUCCCAAACACACCACCCGGGCAACGAAGGAGUGGCUUCGUAAGAAGCAUUUCAAGGUCCUGGAGUGGUCUAGCCAGUCUCCAGAUCUCAACCCCAUAGAAAAUCUUUGGAGGGAGUUGAAAGUCCGUGUUGCCCAGCGACAGCCCCAAAACGUCACUGCUCUAGAGGAGAUCUGCAUGGAGGAAUGGGCAAAAAUACCAGCAACAGUGUGUGAAAACCUUGAAGACUAAGAAAACGUUGACCUUGUCAUGCCAACAAGGGUAUAUAAAGUAUUGAGAAACUUUGUUAUGACCAAAUACUUAUUUCCACAUAAUAUGCAAAGUAAAUUCAUAAAAAACAAUGUGAUUUUCUGGUUUUUUUCUCAUUUGUUGCUAGAGUACCUAUGAUGAAUUACAGCUCCCUCAUCUUUUAGUGGAGAACGCAAAUGGUGGCUGAUAAAUACGCCCACGUGUGUAUAUAUAUAUAUAUAUAUAUAUAUAUAUAUAUAUAUAUAUAUCUACUAUAUAUUAUAUAUAUAUAUAUAUAUAUAUAUAUCUAUAAUAGACAUCAAAACUAUGGUAGCUUAGUGGUUAAGAGCGUUGUGCCAGUAACCGAAAGGUCGCUGGUUCUAAUCCCCGAGCCGACUAGGUGAAAAAUCUGUCGAUGUGCCCUUGAGCAAGGCACUUAACCCUAAUUGCUCCUGUAAGUCGCUCUGGAUAAGAGCGUCUGCUAAAUGACUAAAAUGUAAAUGUAAAAUGUAAAUAACACAUGGAAUCAUGUAGUAACCAAAAAAAGUAGCCACCCUUUGCCUUGAUGACAGCUUUGCACACUCUUGGCAUUCUCUCAACCAGCUUCACCUGGAAUGCUUUUCCAACAGUCUUGAAGGAGUUCCCACAUAUGCUGAGCAAUUGUUGGCUGCUUUUCCUUCACUCUGCGGUCAAACUUAUCCCAAACCAUCUCAAUUUGGUUGAGGUCGCGGGACUUUGGAGGCCAGGUCAUCUGAUGCAGCACUCCAUCACUCUCCUUCUUGGUAAAGUAGCCCUUACACAGCCUGGAGGUGUGUUGGGUCAUUGUCCUGUUGAAAAACAAAUGAUAGUCCCACUAAGCCCAAACCAGAUGGGAUGGCGUAUCGCUGCAGAAUGCUGUGGUGGCCAUGCUGGUUAAGUGUGCCUUGAAUUCUAAAUAAAUCACAGACUGUGUCACUAGCAAAGCACCCCCACACCAUAACCCCUCCUCCUCCAUGCUUUACGGUGGGAAAUAGACAUGCGGAGAUCAUCCGUUCACCCACACCGCGUCUCACAAAGACAUGGCGGUUGGAACCAAAAAUCUCCAAUUUGGACUCCAGACCAAAGGACACAUUUCCACCAGUCUAAUUUUUUACAUUUACAUUUUAGUCAUUUAGCAGACGCUCUUAUCCAGAGCGACUUACAGUUAGUGAGUGCAUACAUUAUUUUUGUAUUUUUCAUACUGGCCCCCCGUGGGAAUCGACCCCACAACCCUGGCGUUGCAAACGCCAUGCUCUACCAACUGAGCUACAUCCCUGCCGGCCAUUCCCUCCCCUACCCUGGACCACGCUGGGCCGCCGCAUGGGUCUCCCGGUCACGGCCGGCUACGACAGAGCCUGGAUUCGAACCAGGAUCUCUAGUGGCACAGCUAGCACUGCGAUGCAGUGCCUUAGACCACUGCGCCACUCGCUAAUGUCCAUUGCUUGUGUUUCUUCGCCCAAGCAAGUCUCUUCUUCUUAUUGGUGUCCUUAAGUAGUGGUUUCUUUGCAGCAAUUCAACCAUGAAGGCCUGAUUCACACAGUCUCCUCUGAACAGUUGAUGUUGAGAUGUGUCUGUUACUUGAACUCUGUGAAGCAUUUAUUUGGGCUGGAAUUUCUGAGCCUGGUAACUCUAAUGAACUUAUCCUCUGCAGUGGAGGUAACUCUGGGUCUUCCAUUCCUGUGGCGGUCCUCAUGAGAGCCAGUUUCAUCAUAGCGCUUGAUGGUUUUUGCGACUGCACUUGAAGAAAGUUCUGGAAAUGUUCCGUAUUGACUGACCUUCAUGUCUUAAAGUAAUGAUGGACUGUUGUUUCUCUUUGCUUAUUUGAGCUGUUCUUGCCAUAAUAUGGACUUGGUCUUUUACCAAAUAGGGCUAUCGUCUGUAUACCCCGCCCCUACCUUGUCACAACACAACUGAUUGGCUCAAACGCAUUAAGAAGGAAAGAAAUUCCACAAACUAACUUUUAAGAAGGCACACCUGUUAAUUGAAAUGCAUUCCAGGUGACUACCUUAUGAAGCUGGUUGAGAGAAUGCCAAGAGUGUGCAAAGCUGUCAUCAAGGCAAAGGGUGGCUAUUUGAAGAAUCUCAACUAUAAAAUAUAUUUUGAUUUGUUUAACACUUUUUUGGUUACUACAUGAUUCCAUAUGUGUUAUUUCAUAGUUUUGAUGUUUUCACUAUUAUUCUACAAUGUAGAAAAUAGUAAAAAUAAAGAAAAACCCUUGAAUGAGUAGGUGUUCUAAAACUUUUGACCGGUAGUGUGUGUGUACAGUUGUAGUCGGAAGUUUACAUACACUUAGGUUGGAGUCAUUAAAACUCAUUUUUCAACCACUCCACAAAUUUCUUGUUAACAAACUAUACUUUUGGCAAGUCGGUUAGGACAUAUACUUUGUGCAUGACACAAGUAGUUUUUCCAACAGUUGUUUAGACAGAUUAUUUCCCUUAUAAUUCACUGUAUCACAAUUCUAGUGGGUCAGAAGUUUACAUACACUAAGUUGACUGUGCCUUUAAACAGCUUGAAAGAUUCCAGAAAAUUAUGUCAUGGCUUUAGAAGCUUCUGAUAGGCUAAUUGACAUAAUUUGAGUCAAUUGGAGGUGUACCUAUGGAUGUAUUUCAAGGCCUACCUUCAAACUCAGUGCGUCUUUGCUUGACAUCAUGGGAAAAUCAAAAGAAAUCAGCCAAGACUUCAGAAACAAAAUAGUAGACCUCCACAAGUCUGGUUCAUCCUUGGGAGCAAUUUCAAACGCCUGAAGGUACCAUGUUCAUCUGUACAAACAAUAGUAUGCAAGUAUAAACACCAUGGGACCACGCAGCCGCCAUACCGCUCAGGAAGGAGACGCGUUCUGUCUCCUAGAGAUGAACGUACUUUGGUGCGAAAAGUGCAAAUCAAUCCCAGAACAACAGCAAAGGACCUUGUGAAGAUGCUAGAGGAAACCGGUACAAAAGUAUCUAUAUCCACAGUAAAACGAGUCCUAUAUCGACAUAACCUGAAAGGCUGCUCAGCAAGGAAGAAGCCACUGCUCCAAAACCGCCAUAAAAAAGCCAGACUACGGUUUGCAACUGGACAUGGGGACAAAGAUGGUACUUUUUGGAGAAAUGUCCUCUGGUCUGAUGAAACAAAAAUAGAACUGUUUGGCCAUGAUGACCAUCGUUAUGUUUGGAAAAAAAAGUGGGCGGCUUGCAAGCUGAAGAACACCAUCCCAACCGUGAAGCACGGGGGUGGCAGCAUCAUGCUGUAGGGGUGCUUUGCUGCAGGAGGGACUGGUGCACUUCACAAAAUAGAUGGCAUCUUGAGGAAGGAAAAAUAUGUGGAUACAUUCAAGCAACAUCUCAAGACAUCAGUCAGGAAGUUAAAGCUUGGUCGCAAAUGGGUCUUCCAAAUGGACAAUGACCCCAAGCAUACUUCCAAAGUUGUGGCAAAAUGGCUUAAGGACAACAAAGUCAAGGUAUUGGAGUGGCCAUCACAAAGCCCUGACCUCAAUCCUAUAGAAAAUGUGUGGGCAGAACUGAAAAAGCGUGUGCGAGCAAGGAGGCCUACAAACCUGACUCAGUUACACCAGCUCUGUCAGGAGGAAUGGGCCAAAAUUCACCCAACUUAUUGUGGGAAGCUUGUGGAAGGCUACCCGAAAUGUUUGACCCAAGUUAAACAAUUUAAAGGCAAAGCUACCAUAUAUAUAUAUAUAUAUAUAUAUAUAUAUAUAUAUAUAUAUAUAUAUAUAUAUAUAUACUACUGUUCAAAAGUUUGGGGUCACUUAGAAAUGUCCUUGUUUUCGAAAGAAAAGCAAUAAGGUCAAAUUGAUCAGAAAUACAGUGUAGACAUUGUUAAUGUUGUAAAUGGCUAUUGUUGCUGGAAACGGCUGAUUUUUAAUGGAAUAUCUACAUAGGCGUACAGAGGCCCAUUAUCAGCAACCAUCAGUCUUGUGUACCAAUGGCACGUUGUGUUUGCUAAUCCAAGUUUAUCAUUUUGAAAGGCUAAAUUAUCAUUUGAAAACCCUUUUGCAAUUAUGUUAGCACAGCUGAAAACUGUUGUGCUAAUUAAAGAAGCAAUAAAACUGGCCUUCUUGAGACUAGUUGAGUAUCUGGAGCAUCAGCAAUUGUGCGUUCGAUUACAGGCUCAAAAUGGCCAGAAACAAAUAACUUUCUUCUGAAACUCAUCAGUCUAUUCUUGUUCUGAGAAAUGAAGGCUAUUCCAUGCGAGAAAUUACCAAGAAACUGUAGAUCUCGUACAAUGCUGUGUACUACUCCCUUCACAGAACAGCGCAAACUGGCUCUAACCAGAAUAGAAAGAGGAGUGGGAGGCCCCGGUGCACAACUGAGCAAGAGGACAAAUACAUUAGUGUCUAGUUUGAGAAACAGGCGCCUCACAGGUCCUCAACUGGCAGCUUCAUUAAAUAGUACCCGCAAAACACCAGUCUCAACAUCAACAGUGAAGAGGCGACUCCGGGAUACUGACCUUCUAGGCAGAGUUGCAAAGAAAAAGCCAUAUCUCAGACUAGCCAAUAAAAAUAAAAUAUUAAGAUGGGCAAAAAAACACAGACACUGGAAAGAGGAAGAUUGGAAAAACGUGUUAUGGACAGACAAAUCGAAAUUUGAGGUGCUGGAGGAGUGCUUGAUGCCAUCUGUCAAGCAUGGUGGAGUCAAUGUGAUGGUCUGGGGGUGCUUUGGUGGUGGUAAAGUGGGAGAUUUGUACAGGGUAAAAGGGAUCUUGAAGAAGGAAGGCUAUCACUCCAUUUUGCAACGCCAUGCCAUACCCUGUGGACGGCGCUUGAUUGGAGCCAUUUUCCUCCUACAACAGGACAAUGACCCAAAGCACAGCUCCAAACUAUGCAAGAACUAUUUAGGGAAGAAGCAGUCAGCUGGUAUUCUGUCUAUAAUGGAGUGGCCGGCACAGUCACCGGAUCUCAACCCUAUUGAGCUGUUGUGGGAGCAGCUUGACCGUAUGAAGAAGUGCCCAUCAAGCCAAUCCAACUUGUGGGAGGUGCUUCAGGAAGCAUGGGGUGAAAUCUCUUCAGAUUGACAACUAGAAUGCCAAUUGUCUGCAAGGCUGUAAUUGCUGCAAAUGGAGGAUUCUUUGAAGAAAGCAAAGUUUGAAGGACACAAUUAUUUUUAUUAAAAAUCAUUAUUUCUAACCUUGUCAAUGACUACAUUUCCUAUUCAUUUUGCUAUAUUUCCUAUUCAAACUCAUUUCAUGUAUGUUUUCAUGGAAAACAAGGACAUUUCUAAGGAGAGAGAGAGAUUAUUUUUUCCAUGUUGGAAUAAUGCAGUGAAAAUGACGAUAAUGCCCUUUUAUUGUAAAAGCUGCUUGAAAAAACUGCCAGAAAUGUUUGCCUGUUUUGUUGGGAUGGAGUUUUUGCCUGCCAUGCUGUAAAUUAGUUAAUAGACCAAUAACAAACACUUCCAAACAUCUGCCAAUGACCGCUACUUUUCCCAUCUCCACUCAGACAAUUCUGACAGCCCUAGAAAGAUUCUUGCUUGAGAAAUUGCUAUUUGCUAAGAAGCUAUAUUUGUUUCUUUUUUUCAAUUGAAAAUCACAGUAAGGUACAUAAUUGUUACCAGAAAUGAUUUGAUAUUGAGAUCAAAAUGUCUGCAUUGGACCUUUUUAAUGAAUGUUGAUUAUAAACAUAAGUCUUCUUGUGUACCUGCACCCUACUGAUACCCCUUUUUACCAUGUGGUAAUGUUUGAUUUGACCAUGUGUACAAACACUGCUGGCGCAAAGGGAUAUGGUGAUGGAAUUCAACAUUCCUGUCAUUUGCUACCCCUAUCCCCUACUCCAGCCUGUCUGUCACUUCCCUAUUAACUCGCCUCCAAGGGUUCCCACACAUUGUUUAUUCUGGAAAAACUUGGGAGAUGUGUUAUUUUCAAACACAUUUUCUGUCUCAACUGUGAUGAGAAAUAAUGAUGAUCAAAUAUAGCCUACCACUCCCUUUACAGGUCCAUUUUGAGUGUUUAUUAGAUCAUAUAAUUAUGACCAAUUAAAACUAUUCUUUCAUCCAUUAGAAGUCAUUAAAAAGUUGUAGACAUUAGAUAUGUAACUUGUGUGGGAACCCGAUCCUCCCUUCCCUUCCCCCAAUCUCUAACUCUGCUCUGACAGGCCUUCUGAUUCUAUCAUUUUACGUCUAGAUGCGUAGGAAGGGCUCUGUGCGAGGCACGAAGGCUUCAGACGAGUAGCUGCUCCAGGUGUAGGUCUGAGGGAGGGUGUGUAAGUGCAACUGGUGGAGGAGUUGAACCGAUAGCAGCCAUGUUGGUUCCUCCUCCACCAACUCUCAUGGAUUCCUUGUCUGUCUUCUCCCACUGGGUUCUCUUUGUAUUGCUGCAUGGCUACACUGCUUUCACUCCAUAUACAGUGGUGGUGUUAGAGCAUAACAAGGUUUUAUGGGCCACGGUUUGUGUGUGUGUGUGUAUGCGUGUUCUUCUCACGUAAACUUUGAUAACUCUUGACUGUAUUAAUUAAUCAAUAACACCAGAUCUCAGAGAAAUAUGAAGCAUUUGCCAGAUCGUUAAGUGUAUUGCUGACAUGGCGAAAAGCUCUCUGCCUUGGAGUGUGUGUAAGUGCCUACUCAAUCUCCCCAUGUGAGGGCAGACAUCUGUGCAGCCUGUUCUCAGAACCAAGGCGAGAGAGCGGGUUUUAAAAAGGCUAUGGCAGCCAGUCAAAGCCAUGCUAAAAUAAGUCAGCACUGGUUUCUGGCCUUGUAUCUAUAGUCCAAAAAACGCCAUAGAGAAUAUGGAGAACGAACACUAAAAAACAGUUUAUUCUGGCACAGUCAUAUGUCUGUGUAUUACAUUCUCAGUAAGGCCUUACCACUGGCUCGCUCUUGGCCCCACUUGAAAUAUAAAUCUGAGCGCUUUUGGCCGUACAUGGAGAAAAAAUAGAGGAAUACGAGGCGGACUGGCCAAAGUGGGCCAGGCUCGAGCAUUCCUGGCCUGGCUCCAACGGUGAGCAUUUGGAACGCUGUUUCUUCUUCCUCCUCUACAUCUCGGCCAAUCCUGCAUGUGUUUCCCAUUUUCCCCUGGAGUAAGUAAACAGGCGGGUGCCAUAAGAGGCCCUCUGCAUGGAGGAGUGCUUGGCCUGGGCCUCAGAGCUGAGGGGUCGCCAGGGUCACACUGUGCCAGUACUGUAGGCCUCCAGAGGACAGCACCCAUAUGUAGGAGUGGAAUACCAUUAUAACGACUAGCAUAGAGUUUUCUACUCUUUACCAGUUCCACAACAAAACACCCCCAGCUCCUGUUGAUGGUUCAGCUCAAUUUCUGAGAAAGCUUUUUAGGUUAUGUAUAGACUUUUGAGCAUGUGCUUCAGGUGAAUGAGUCUCAAGCAAAGGUUGUGUAGUAAUAGUGUAUCAGGGUCUUAGACCAAAAGUGUUGUGGUUGGACUACGCUGUGUGAGUGUGAAACACCAUGGUUUGGAGAUGAUGCACUAACAGGCCUGUCUGUCUGCUUGUGUGCUAACACGGGUGGGGUGGUGGCAGGGAGAGGGGAGGUGCCGGGGAAGGAAGGUGGGGGAGAAAAACCCUUCAAGAUGGCUUCCUUUGCCUCAUUAACAUACAAAUGGAAUUCUGCAGUUGAAAAGGAGCCUGUGCUGUGAUUGAAAAAGAAAGAGAGGGGGAGGGAGGGAAGGAGGGAGGGAAGAAAGGAUGGAGAAGUGGUAGGUAGAAUCCUCAUGCACAUUUCAUCAGAUGUCUAGUCCUCUGUUUCGGGCCAGCGUGUGGUUAGACUGUUCCAUUAAGGUAUUCUGCUAUCAGAUUCAGCCACUAAUUGACUUUCUAAAGCCUUAGGGUGUGGGGACCUGAAACAAUGCCUUUAUCUACCUACAAGACAAGCAAGGGCUUGAAACAAACCAUUUUAGAGACAUUCUCCUAGAGAAAAAACAUAGUUUUCAGUUUGCAAAGGGAAACGUGUACAUUUUUCAGAGAUAUUCUUAAUGCAGACUAAGGAGCUUAAUGUUUGUCAGUGAACAGAAUGAUGGACGUUCUCAGCCACAUCCAUCCCAGUUUCUCUCACAGUAACAAACAGCCCUUUCUCCUCGCAGAAUUCCACUUGUUGAUGCAUGCUCUCACAGAACCUGCCUCCACUUGUUUGGGCUUUGUAGAGAUGUAAUAAAUGUCUGUUGAUUUGUUCCUCUCUCUCUGCCCAUUCUCCACUCCCAUUUCCUCCACCUCAGCUUCGCAAACACGGUGAUGUACGGGGAACCAGUGCUGCCGAUGCUGAAUGAGACGGAGGAGGGUUUUGAACAGCGAUGAAGAGUGAAGGUGGUGAUGAAGAAUGUGAAGCGGGCUCCCUGUGUUCUACCUUUACCUUACUGAUUCAGGAUGUGGAGGAUGAGGGCUCUGCUCCACUCGAUCAAUAGACCAGCACCCUGACCUACCGGCACCCAAUCAUAGACAUUCUAUCCACAGAAUAAAUAAUUUAUAGAAAGUGACACGAUCCUAGCUGAUAAGGCUCCAGUUAAUUUUGAUCACCUGGGCUAAAGACGAUAUCAAGCAACAAUGUCCUCAGUAAAGCCAGCUACCACCUCCAUGUUGUUGAAAGACUAGUCCCUCUAUCUUCUCUUGAUAGAUGCUUAGAGGGCUGCUUGGUUGUUGAUAGAGAUGAAUAUUUUUUAAGCAUUUAAUUGGCAUGAUUGCAUUAUGGCAGGUGCUGGUCUAAGUAUUUUGUUAUUCCAGUCAAAGAGGAUCGUUCCUCUGUGGCCUGUUGCCUUUUUAGUUUACCUUUGUAUUCAUGAAUAUUUUCUCCAGAUCAUUCCUUUCAAGACAAUGUCCUCUCUCUCUUCUCUCCUCAGUCCUCUUCUAGCUGUUCAUAACACUGUGGUUUUCCAUUAGCUGGCGAGAGAGAGCCUGUCAGUGUUUUCUCCAUAUACAUGUCCCUUCCUGCCAUGGCCUUCAUUAAGAGAUUACUGACACCCUUGGCGCCUGUGCCUAUCCUAAUCUCUCCCUCUGCACUGCAUUUUAUUAACGCCAACAAUCUUGUCCACACAGGUAUUUCACUCUCACUCCAAUGCAAAUUAACACAAACACACACAGUACACACAAGCACAAACACGCACGUGUAAACACAAGCACGCACACACACACACUCACAGGUGUGAAUGCCUUUGCGGUGACUGAUCUGGCCCAAGCUCACACUGGGCAGAUCCGUGCAGGCGCCUUCAAGUGAAGGGAAGUGUCUGUUGGAGUGUUUGGCGCUCUCGCUGUUUUUCCCACACUCCCCAUCCUCCACACGCUCACUCACACUGCUCCUCCCUAGCGGAUGUCCCUAGAGAGAAACCGCACUGAAAAACAGUCACAGAUGGUGCUACACCCCUCCAGUCUCUGUCACGCACUGCUCACCCCACCCUGCUCCCCACCACACCACCACCACAGUAGCCUGCCUGUCUGCCUGCCUUAUUUCUGUGGUUCUCUGGUACGGAAUUAUGCUGCUGGUCGUAUCCUGCUGAGCAGGGGCAGCAGGUAGACACACACCCAGC